CUCGUCCCCAGGCGCUUUGCCGGUUUAGAUUAGAAUUCCUCUUUCACGUGGGCUGUGUCACAGAAUAUAAAGGCAGAAAUUGACAAUUCUAAAGAGUAAAUACGGUGAGUUUUUCUUUUAUAUUCAAUCGUACUACAACAUUAUCUUAUUUGUACUGUUUACAGUUUCGUAGUGAACUGAUUCACUUGCUUUCGUCCGUUAUCUAGGCUUAUAUCCACCGUAUUUUAAUACAUGUUUACAGCUAGUUUUAAUAAUAAUACGACUUGUUGGUCCGUAUUAUCACAGUUAAUAAAACCGUGGUAUUAUUUAUAGGGAGUUGUCAAACAUUUGACUUGUUUUAUUGCCCUGGCAAACAUUUGCCAGUGCAGACAAAAGACUUAUUUGUUCUUAAAAGGUCUCAGUGAACGAUUCUGUGAGUUAUUAAACCGUGUCACGAGUUGCUUGCAAAACAUAUACUAUUUAUAGCGGUCAGGAAAGCAGGGCUUUAUUUAUCCAAGCACUUUUGUUGACCCCCGUUUUAGAAAAGAAGAUUUAGUUUUUGUGACACACGAAUGUAGCAAAGCGGCAAAGUUCCUGAAAGCUUUUGUUGUUUAGGGGCCAAUUACAUGGAGCAUUUUCAACCCCGGGGUUGAACUCAGCCCUGUUUACCAGGUUGAAAUUUCAGCCCUGUCUGUAAUACAAAACUCUACAAAAUUUUCAACCCAGAGCUGAGUUCAAGGUUCAACUCCGGGGUUGAAAUUUCAACCCUGCUUCAGCUAGCAGGGUUGAAAUUUCAACCCCAGGGUUGAACUCAGCCCUGGGUUGAAAAUUUUGUCAUGCAAUCGUUUCAACCCAGGGCUGAAAUUAUCAUGACUUAUUCGAGCAUAUGUGGUAGUGACUAUUUAUUACAAGAAAACAAAAUAAAGACUUUUUUCUUCCGGGAAUCGAUGCCGAGAAGAUAGAGUAUAUAGCGUUUCAACCCCGAGGUUGAAAUCGUCCAUGUAAUCGCAAAAAAUUUCAACCCGGUUAACAGGGCUGAGUUCAACCCCAGGGUUGAAAAUUCUCCAUGUAAUCGGCCCCUUAGGCUCUGUUGCCGUAGCCUCCUGCGCAGACGUUGUUAGUGGCCCGAGGCCUCACCUAACGUCUGCUCACAUUUGCUAUACAUUUGACUUCCCGGCAAUUAACCAAUCACAAUCAUCUACACGAUAAUUGGAAGAUCGGCCUUCAAUGACCUUCACACGCAUGGGUUAUAUCAACAAGUCUGUAGUAUUUUUAAAUUUGAAAGUUUUAACACUGCGCAUUAGAAAAAGGCUUUUCAGUCUAUUAUAAACGAAAAGGAUGUUGUCGUAAAUCUUACAACUGACGCAGGAAAUCCCUUAUUUAUCACGCCGUUACCGAAGCUAUUCGAUGUAAUAUUCGGAUUUAAAUAUUUAAACAAAUUGUAAACAUUGUAAACAUUUAGUAAUCGUGGUUUCGGUUGAUAAAUUCAAUACGAGAUCAAGUCAAAAAACUACACGAUCUAGGAGUCAGUGCUGUGUCAUUAUUAAGUUGAAUCGAGAGCGAUAAAGAAGCGAAGGCAUUGGAAGAAUGGAAAUAUUCUGACUGUAUUAUAUGCAGAGUCAUUGUUGAAGACCGAACGAUGGAAACGAAUGCUUCAACAAAUUGUACGUAUAGCAAAAUGGUUUGUGCUUUGGCUGUUGAUGCAUGAAGCUCAUGCGAUUAAAGAAUGGUAUGUAUUAUAAUAAAUCCUAAAAAUGUGUUCGCUUUUGUAAUUCCCAAAGACACAUGCAGGAAUCGAUCGGGCUUGGCCAUUUUAAUAGUCAUUAUUCAUUAAUAUUUUAUAUUGUUUAUUUAAAUUGAAUUUGUCUUUUUAUACAUUGCCUCGUAUUAUCUAUUUGCAUGUAGUACUAGCAUGCAAGUUUAUAUGAGGGCAAUUAUGAAGGGUUUACAUCAGAGGGUUGGGGCAUGUAUAUUAACUAGAAUGGCUCAUAAACUUGCUGGUGCUACGUAGAUAAUAGAUAAUACGAGGCAACGUAUAAAUCAAGACAAUAUAAAAUAACGACUAUUAAUUAAAAUGGUCAAAAAGCCGAUCGAUUGCUGUGGCUUUGAGAAUUGCAAAUGCAAACACAUGUUUAGGAUUUAUUAUAAUACAUACUGAAAUGAGCUUCAUGCAUCAAUAGCCAAAGCACAAACCGUUCUGCCAUACACUUUGUCUUCAGCAAUGACUCUGCUGUGCCAUAUAAUACAGUCAGAAUAUUUCCCAUCUUCCAAUGUCUUCGCUUCUUUAUCGCUCUCGAUUAAACUUAAUAAUGACACAGCACUGACUCCUAGAUCGUGUAAUUUUUUGACUUGAUCUCGUAUUGAAUUUAUCAACCGAAACCACGAUUACUAAAUGUUUACAAUGUUUACAAUUUGUUUAAAUAUUUAAAUCCGAAUAUUACAUUGAAUAGUUUCGGUAACGGCGUGAUAAAUAAGUGAUUUCCUGCGUCAGUUGUGAGAUUUACGAAAACAUCCUUUUCGUUUAUAAUAGACUGAAAAGCCUUUUUCUAAUACGCAGUGUUAAAACUUUCAAAUUUAAAAAUACUACAGACUUGUUGAUAUAGCCCAUGCGUGUGAAGGUCAUUGAAGGCCGAUCUUCCAAUUAUCGUGUAGAUGAUUGUGAUUGGUUAAUUGCCGGGAAGUCAAAUGUAUAGCGAAUGUGAGCAGACGUUAGGUGAGGCCUCGGGCCACUAACAACGUCUGCGCAGGAGGCUAAUGUUGCCGCCACGUUGCUCGAAUGUAACCGCAUGGUUUGUGAAUGAUAUAUAUGUAAUCUUUAUUGUAAACAUUGCACAAUACCAAAGAGUCCAUGCAUCGAUGUACUUGUAUUCGAGUGUAUUUUUUCUGCAGUUUUAAUUCACUUUUCCAGCUCAAGGUUGUGUAAAUUUUAGAUUUUAGUUCGAAAAAUUUACUUUCUAUUUGUAAUAUUUGUUAUUCUUCAAUCAUCCCAUUUCAUUUUGUGCUGAUUUGAUCGAAAUUUUUACCAGAAAUCCAAACAUAAUAAUGGUUUAAUGGUGUUUUUUUUUUUGUUUUUUUUUUGUUUUUUUUUAACAUGCAUGCCAUCUAUUAAGCAUGGUAGCUUUAUAUCAUAAACAUGUCGUUUUAUUUGGAAAAAAACCCCAGCUCAGAUGACCCUGUUUCUUGGAAUCCCAAAAACUAAAGCAUGUGAAAAUGAUUUUUUGUUGUUUUUUCUUUUCGUUGGGGGAAAGAUUCAGUUUAAAAACUCAAUCCAAGAUUGAGUUUUGACAUCCGUUUCGUUUACUGGAGGUCAGUUGGUGCUUGGAUAAAGCCCUGGAAAGAUAUAUUAUUUAUAUGAUAUCAAUUAGUGAACAACCCUCGAAAAUUUGCCUCAGCACUUGGCAAUUGCGGAGGCAAGUUACAAUUUUCAUAUUUACAAAGUACAUGUGUCUGUUCGUUUUUUGCUUAAAUUUACAAACUACACCGUCUGUUGGUUUUUUGGGUUAUCAAAACCACUUUAAUAACUUGAAAUUCAAAUCUUAGCUAGAAGGCCGUGUUGGCUGUGUUAUUGCGGCCAAAAAUGUAAAAACACGGCUAGAUGAAAUGAACGCGGCUUCAUUAUUUAGUUUUGGAUGUGCAUGUAGGUUCAUAAAAUAAGGUGUUGCUACUUAACAACAUACAGAAUUUCUUUGUAAAAUCUACUGUAGUUGUUGAAAUUGGUAAAAGUGAUCUGUGAUGUUUUAAUGUUUUGAUGGAUAAUGGGCACCAUAGUGUUUUUAAAAUGGUUUUAAAUGCCUAAGAGUUGCUAAAAUACAGUAAUUAAUUAUAAUGUCAGUGCGAAAUAUGAGCGUAUGCUCGCCUUGUAUUAAUGGUUGAAAAGCAUAGAACAACCACAGGUAUAGUCUAUUGUUGACAUUAAGCAUAACUGGAAUCGUGUUUUUAGCUGAUUCAAGGCAAUUGACAUGGGCACAUCCUGGAAAUUUAGAAACACGCCCUUCAGCCUAUAUAGGUACAAUGACCCUGCAGCCUAUAUAGGUACAAUGUUAGAAAAUAAUUGGGUCGUUCCAGAAAAGAUCCACACUUCACCCACGGAGGAAAUUUCUGCUGUCCGGAGGAGGAGGGGAGAAAAAAUUGUUUCUGAUAAUAGUAAAUGUAUUAGGACAUCCAAAAGGGUUAGAGGGGGCUAACUUCCUAUUUCCUCCAUGGGGGUGGUAUGGAUGUUUUCUGGAAUGACCCAUUGUUAGGCAAGGAAAAUUUCUCAAUUUGUCAAAUUCACUCCCUGUUUGUUGCCGAGGACUUCGGCAAUUAUUUGCAAAGGCAAAAAUAGUUGAAUUAUAAGAGUUGGUGAAAUUACUUGUAUUUUUGUCUGUAAAAGAACACAAUGACGAACGUCGGAGCGAAAUCAAAGCAAGCACAAGAUUUCAAGGGUAACACCGUAUGGUCGUCAUUAACACAGGAAGAAAUUAAAGCAAAGGUUGCCAGUGAGUUUGAAGAAAGAAAAAAACUAAAAGAGGUGCAAAAGCGCCAUUUCGAAGAUCUGCUGAAAAAGCCAAAUGUUACCGCCGUCGAUAUAGAUUAUAAGAGGUUUUAAGGCAAAGAAAUAGAUCAGCUUGCUAUUGUGAUAUGGGUAAGGGAAAAGAAACCUGAAAGUCAAUUAAAUAAAGAUGAAAUUCUUCCCAAAAAACUUGAUGGUUGCGUUGUCGAUGUUGUCCAAAAUGAAGCCACUUUGUGCAGAUUCAAUUGACCAUUUAAAUCACCUGAAAAAGCUGAGCAGGUUUGUAGAUAUAACAAUGAGUGAUGAAAUGCUAGCUGCUGAUGUCCUGCAACAAGUGUGAGUUGGUAUGCUUAAGGUAUAUCCAUCGUGUAAAAGAUAUUUUAUGUGUGCAUGAAAGAUUAGACUGCUUUUUGAUCCAGGCAAAAAAGUAAAUUCUAGAAAAGUACUUAUUAAAAUUAGUAAAAUUGCAAAACUUGGUUACGAAAUGUUGUAAAAUACUGAAAAUAUAGUCUUGCGAAGUUUGCAUAUUUUGUAUAUGUUUGUAUUACGUGCGGAAAUUGUUACCAUUUUUAAGCCGAAAAUGGUAACAAUUUCCAUAGUGAUACAAACAUAUAUAUAUAUCGAUUCGCAAAUUUCCUUCUUGAAAAUUUGAAGGACAUUUUAAUUUUGAAGAGUGGAAACACUGCUUGCAAAAACAAAAUGGCGGUCAUUUCAUAGCGAAUUUCGUAAAUUUUCUGAAGAAAUUGUAGCCACAGACCUACCAUGUCUCACGAUUUUAUGCUUUCUCACGAUCUCACGAUUAAGUCACCAAAUCUCACGAUUUUCGGAACUUAAAAAAAUCAUUGAAGAGCGCAACAUCUAGUUACAAUAAGGCACACUCUUCCAAGGAAACAUCGCACUUCAUUAGUGUAUACUAUUAAUAAUGCGCAAUGUACAACGCCAGAAUUUAGUAUGUGUAGUGUUUGUGUUACAAAGUAAAAGGCGCGUCCUGCUAAGUUUAUUGUCCUGCUAGUCUUGAUAUUACUCGUAGUUUUCUUGUUUUUGUACAUAUAUUGCGUUAUAUUUCCAAGGAACUCGUACUGACACUGGGAGCUACUAAAGCCAUAAAGAAAAAACAACCUAUUUUUAAAUUAAUAAGCCUUGCAUUUACGGUUAUAUUAACAAAAUAUAAAUGCAUACUAUCAUAAGAUUGAAUAUCUAUUGAUUAUUUUCUAGUGUUGUUAAAGUUAACCCUGGUCAUAUUAAUGAGCAAACCUGAAAAUUUCUAAGUCUCACGAUUUUUCAGUCAAUCUCACGACUUUUUAGAUAGCAACUCGCUAUUUCUGCUACUCAAGGGUUGGCAGGUCUGUAGCCAUAUUGUUCAUUUCACACAUCUUGUUAGUACAAAAUUACAAUAAUAGUCAGCAAAAUACUCCAUAUCUUCCAUUAUAGUUAAAUACAUUCGAAGUGAUUGUGAAAAUCAACCUUUUAUGUAAACCUUAUAAUACAUUGUAAUCAAUGAAUCAUUUUGCAUUCGCAAAAAGCGAAUUUACAUUUACGCAAAUUGCGAAUAGCAAGCCGCUAAUUCGAACCCAGGGGGAGUGCUGCCACUCAAUGGGUUAGAUUAAACAUGCAAAUUGUCCUUUGCCAUUGCCAUUGCCAUUGCCAUUGCAUGCCCAUUGGUAAACUGGGGGCGCCUCGGUUGUACAGGUUUGUAAUAAAAAAGCGAGCUAUAAAACAGAUGAAAAUGCAAACUUCAAGACUUGACUUCAUCGUUUGACUGUGGUGAUAAAGUAUUUAAGUGUAGUAAGAAAAAGAAUAGUUAUUUGCACAUUCAUUCAUGGUGACAAUGUUGAUUUUACAACGAUAACCUCAGACAGUUUAUAUAUGACUGUUGUCAAAUUGCUUUGCUUCAUCUGAAAAUAUGUUAGUUUUAUGCACAGUUUUAUGUCACACAAAAUGCUGAAAACAGCAAACAUUGACAAAAUAUAUUUUGUUAUAAACCGUAUUUUAUAGGUGUUCGGAACGUGUAUGAAUACGUAAUAUAAAUACAAACUUAAUAAGUUCUUUGAAUGUUUGCAUGGCGAUAAAAUAUAAUUGUUUUUGUUUGUGGAAACACCACGUAAAUUUAUUACUGCAAAGCUUUCGAUCCGUAAGCCCGGAUCUUCAUCAGUGCUAAUAAUAUGCUAGUGCCUCAUAUUAUUAGCACUGAUGAAGAUCCGGGCUUACGGAUCGAAAGCUUUGCAGUAAUAAAUUUACGUGGUGUUUCCACAAACAAAAACAAAUACAAACUUGUUUGGUAGUUCAAUUGAUGUAAUUAAGAGGGCUUUCAUUUUAGCUAUCGUUGCACUAUUAUGAGCCUGCGAUUCCUUGGAAUGUCACGUUUGUGACACCCCCCCCCCCCAAAAAAAAAAAAAAAAAAAAAAAACGCAGGAAGGCCUUCGACUCUGGCUCUGCCCAGGCUCUCGGGCUCUGCCGGCGUAAUUAGUAAAUAUAUAUGUAUGACCUCACAUCCUUUCAUUUCACAUGUACUUUAAUUAAAGAGCGUUGACAAUAGAUUUGCAAUUUCCUCCAAAGUCAUUAAGCAUGAGAAAAGUGGAUUUAGCAUGUUGAAACAUAUAGGAUUUAGCAUGUUGAAGCCUGUCAUAUAAGAUCAUGUAUUGGAAAAAAUAAAAAUAAAUCUAUAAGCUACUAUUUUCACUGGUUUGUGCUGUCAGACGUUCUUCCUGGAGGUCCAGUAAGGGGGAAUCCUUACAAGAGGAAUCCUUAACUAAACAUUUUUUAUACCGAAUAGCUAUAAUAUUUCCAAAUUCUACCCCUAUACGUUCAGUAAGAAUGAGACCUGGCAGUCGCACGACCAUGGUUUAUAGCUGUUUUUUAAUGCUUUCCCAACAUUAUCAUGUGUUUUAUUUAAGUUGAAACGUAGUUGGAACACUCAUCGAACCUUAUAUUUUGUUAAUCUAAAGCUUGAAAUGUCGGCUGUAAAAAUUCGUGACUGCCAAUUCUCAUCAACACUACGCUAGGAAUUCGGGGUAAAAACUCGGAUAAAACAAUAAAGAGGAACGCAAUACAACGCGGAAAUCUCGCCCGUGAUUUCGAAGACUAAAUCGUGUUUACAUAAUUCACAAAUGCUAUUGUAACAGAUAAAAAACAAUUGCAUAAUCUCUUGGAAAACAAAACGUGUCAUAAUUCGCUCGUCAGCGUACGUACCACAAAAAAUUUCUCAAAUGAAUUGUUUGCGUGAGUCGACACAUUUUAAUCGUGUUUGCACAGUGUUGCGAGCAAAACAAUCAUCUAAUCUGUGACAAUAAAGGGUGUCAUAAUGCGUAAUAAGCAGCCACGAAUCAAAGCUCUUCGUAUCCAAUUGCCGCCGUUUAUUCAACGUGCAGUUGCACACACAAUUUGAGUGUUUAAAUCCGUCCGUGAAAUUCUAGGCUCCUCGCAGCCUGAAAUUUUGUUCAAAGGAUGUUUCGAAAUUUCCGGUGGGGCCUGCGAGCAGGCUAUGAAAUUCUGGGUAAAUGUGCAGUUACAAAAAAAACGAGUCUUACGAUCAAAAAGAUGCUUUAGAUAUGUUUGUUGGCUUUUGGACUCUUUGGAAAAUGUCAAAAACACAGUUCUCAAGCUUGAAAACAUAAACAUUCAUAAAAUUACUGCAUUGAUAAUUAAAGUCGCUCGGGCUUGCAGCGUGUUCGCUGAGCGUACCUAUUUUUUCGGUUACGUUACAAUGCCACUUUCAUUGAAAUCUUUGAAUCUAAAAGUUGUCUUUGAAAGGGGAUCGCCUACAUAUAUAUAUUAUUAUAAGUAACAGCUUAUUUUAGCAGAACAAACAAUUUACUUGUUAUGUCAAAAGACAUUUUGCAAAGUUUGUAAAUAUUUCUGUCUCCUGUUCCUGUUCCUAUACGGAAAUAAUUAAAUGUAUUUCAUCUCCAAACAGCAAUGCGGUAGCUUGGUAAAACAUCUAUUUGUUCGCGUGUGGCUACAAAUUAACAAAGUAUAAACAUGUAACUAUUAAUUAGCAGUGUAAAACAUGGCAAAAGACACGUUUCUUAAAAUAAAACUCGGAUUUCCUGGCCAUAUUUCUACCAAACCAUUUAGGGCAUUGCUCACAAUCAAUACAAAAUUCAUUUAAUUUAUUUGACUAUUUUUAUAUUUUUCAUUCACUUAUUACAGCUUAUAAAAAACUUAUUGCUCAACAUAUUUCUUAAAACCUCAUAGACAUUUGCAUAAACUAUAGUUAUCUUUACUUCCAUUUUUCGAGAAAACAGUCGAAAAAUGAAUUCUUUAAUUUUCUGAAUUUUUAUGGAAUUGCUUUGGACAUGGAAUUUGGAUCCAGUUUUGAAGUCAGUCCUGUCAGCGCAUAUUCCACAAUACAGGUUUUGCUCUGUAUCGUAACAAACACUAUAAUGGUACAAAGAACCGCUUAAAGGGGCCUUUUAGUUUUGACUUGAAGCCAAACUCCCAUAAAGAAACAUUCACAUGCAGCAUGCCAAGUAUUUCUAAUUUGGCCAAACCUCACAUAUUAUUUCCUCAACAAAUUUUUUUAAAUUGGCAUGUGGUUACUCCUAGUGCGAAUAUUUGUCCUUAAAACAAUCUGGGAUAGCUAUAGGGCGGAUACAGCAACUUUAUAAACAAUAUUGUGGUCAUUUCUUUAAGUGUUUUAAUGUAUGUGGUCAGCGAAUACAGCAGGAAUGCAGGAAAUCCAUAUGGGGAUGCAUGCAUGGGGAUCUUUUAGAAUGUAUUUUAUUAACCGACGUCAAGUUUGGUUAUUAUCUCAUUCUUUUGUAACUUACAAAUGUUUUAUGGGCUCUAUUUCGUAUAUACUAUCAAAGUGUUACUUAAUUAAUAAAGUAUUAAAAAAUUAUCUUUUUAUUCAUGAGAAAACCAAUAAACGCAAAAACUAUAGUGGGGUUUCUGGUAGGAUUUUCAUGCCACGAUAUAAUGUUUAUUCUGUAUAUACACAUGCAUAUUGCUUCAGAAUAGUAUGUAAUUUUAGUAUAUGCAUUUAAUAUAUGGGAACCAUGCAAUUAAAUCAAAUAAAAAAUGUUCAAGUUAAAAAAUUAUUUAUUUACUAUUAUUUACCUUAAUAUAAUAAACCCAUACAUAAACUCGAAUUAUUAAGUUAAAGUAGGCUAAUUAAUUACUUAAAAAUUGUAAGAACCUCAAAACAGUAUUUAGCUAUGUACCAAAAUCAAUAUACAUAAAAAUCUUGGUUGUUAAUAAAUGAAUAAAAUGAAUGAUAAAUUUACGUGGUUUUUCCACAAACAAAAAGUAUUAAAAUGAAUGAUCAAUUUUACAAAUAUUUAUAUCAAUAAAAUAAUUCCAAGAUCAGCGGACUUUUUGUUUGCUUUUUUUAUAUGAUAUUUUUUAUAUGAUAUUAUUGUUAUGAUAUUAUUUUUUGAUAUUAUUUUUUCACAUGAUAGUGCACGCUCUUCAACAUAUUGUCCGUGCAUAAUGGCUCAAAAUAGUUGGACCAAAUAAUACGUGUGCAUGACGUUAUACGCACGAGCUGGCCAUAUCGUAUAUACUGAAUGGAUUUUCGGCUGCCCCAUUUUAUGGAAAGGGUGUGCUGGCUUGCAUGUUCAGGUCUUGCACCAGUAGCUGGGAAGAGUGGUUUUCGUUGGCUCGAUUUGACAAUUGCUUUUGUGUUUACAACAAUGAAUUGCUUCGUUCUUUAGAAAACCCCCAUCCAAUUGGAGACGACCUUCCGAGGCACUGCGAGGCUUCCCCCCUUGCAAGCCCCCUCCCGACUAUACCAAUUCCAAACUCAUCGAGUAAACAAAUGAAAUACCUCUACACACCUCCUACCCCCACAUCUCUUAAUUGUUCUUAGUGUUAUAUGACUUAUUUAAUUACAUUUUUUAUCAAUCUUAAAAAAUAUUAGACCUCAUGCAAAGGUUGUCUGGACACCUAAACGUGUCCUGAAACAUUUCAAUUUUUUUAGAACGUGCGUUAUGACAGGACAUUCUCCAUUUAAUUAAGCAUACAGAUAACAAACAACUUACACACAGCAAAGACGGGCAAUUAACUACAAGUCUCUAAGCAACAUUGCUGCUAUGAAAACCAUACAGUGCAGUUUUCGUACUAUACUCGCGUACAUCGCACUGCUUGUAGUGAUGCACCGAUAUGGAAAUUCACCGAUAUUCCGAUAACCGAUAUUGAAGGACCGAUAUUUUGCCGAUACCGACAUCGAUAUUCCAUGUCAUUUCACAAAAUUCAAAGAUGACAUCAUCAGAUUACCGAUACCGAUAUUUCUAUUUUAGUACCGAUAAGCCGAUACACCGACAUGGAUAUCGAUGAAUCAAUAACUGCUUGUUUCCAGUGGCCAGCUGUUGACAAGUCUGGGACAAGUUGUUAUAAUCUUGUAACAUAAGGCAAACAGCAUCGCAACAAGUGACAGUUGAUAUCGUCUGCGCAUAACAAGUUGUUGACAACUUGGUGACAACAGGCAUGCACGCAGCAACUUGUUACGAACAAUCUUGUUGGAACAACGUGUAGUAUUAAGUCUGUUCCAUUAAUUGACCUUGUAUUAAACAACGUAAGAUAACAACUUGUUCCAGACCUGUAGCAACAUCUGCAGGCUGGACAACAACAUUGCAUGUUACAUGCAAUUUGUUUGUAGUUCUGUAACAAUUUGUGCGCGUUUCUGCGUACGUAUAUAUAUGCGUCAUGCGGCCUGUGUUUAAAGUUUCAAGAACCUUUUAAUAAAAACAGGCAGUUUUAAAUUAUAGAGCUAUACUGUUAUAAAUGAACUUAAUCUUGUGGACUAGAUGCCUCGACGCACCACGAUUUUAUAAAUAGAACGUCUAGAGGUCUCUAGAUUACUACGCUUGUAGUUUUUAAGACAAUGUCAAUGUAUUGGAAAAGGCUUUUAUCCUAUUGUUCGGCAUGACGCGAAACGUACGUGCAAAUUAUACAAUUGUACCCAAAAAAUAAAGCUUCUUUACUAACCAAAGCUAAAUUUAUCACAUAUUUUUGGCAGCGUUGCCAUAUGCAGCAAUCACAACAAAUUUUAAAAACGUCUAUAGAAGGAAAAUGGUUCCCGUUCAGCGAAUUCUGUAGUGGGUAUUAUCAAUAUGCAAUUCUUCCAGACCAAUGGAUGGUAAAUUGUAAUAGCACUUGGAAGGCGAAACAAUGAAAAUAUCAUUUAACCUAUAACUAUUGUUGUUUCAGUCCAUACAAUAUUCCCAUUUUGAAGGGAAAGGUGCAUGACAUCUCAGUGCUAUAUAAAGACAAUGUGGAUCAAUGUAGUAUAUACCUAUAGAAAUUGAUCUUGAAAACCAAAUGCAUGUAUUAAAGGCCUGCAUGUACACAGUAUCCCACGAGCAAAACAAUAUUAAACACUGAGAGAGGGAACCUGGGACUAGGCCGAGGCCAAAAAAAGGUGAAAGGGGCAUUGUUGUCGGCAUCAAAUGUAUUAACACUCUUUUGGAAGUUUUGGGUUUUAAUGAGUAGAAUUUUCUACAUUGAUGCGUGAUGUUUGCCAGACAGUCUGGAACAAUGGUCAAUGACUGUCCAUAGAAAUCCAUCGUUAAAUAUAAAUGCAUGUAUAUAUUAGAAGCUCUUCCCAUGCAUGGGUAGACUUUCAUAAGUAUAGAAUCAUAUUGAGACCUGGGUUGGCUAUAGACAAUGUGGAACAAUACUCUGUUACUACCCAUACAAAUUCACCUACAAAUGAAUGUGUAUACAAUUAAAAGGUUCGCGAAAUGGCUAUUUUCUCCCUGGUGUGAAGUUUCAUUUGUUGGGUAAUGGAAAACACACACACAAAAGGUCGAACUGUCGUGUUGUAAUGAGUUUGAAAAUUAAAAUGUCAUAUAAACGUCUUCACCAUUGUAGUAGUUUAAUUACAAUAUCUGGUCAAGCGAAAAAUAUGACAGUGCAAAUAUCGCCAACCUUGGAAAGCAAAUAAACUAAAAUUUUGCCCAAAAAUAGAAAGAAAAAGGAAACAUUUUUGCUCAGCCAUUAGUCUUUUACAAGGUCGGAUAAAAUGGCGAAACAAGUCUUCCAUCUUGGAGUUUGAAUCAAGACUAUUGAAAAACAAUUGAAAUUAAACAUCAAAUCUGUUGUAUGUAAAUGUAAAUUUUACGUGUAUCGGUGUUUGUUUUUCAGCAAUUCAAAUUGGCGUUAAAUUAUAGCCCUCCCUCAUGCAAAAGUAUUUUUCAUUAUAGGUGUGGGCCUAUUAAGAGGUUGCUAGACUACGAACACUGUAUUUUUGCACAAAUACUGCACAUUACCAAUACACCUAAUUCACAUCGCCUUCGGGUAUUUUCAUAAUUAUCUAUAUGUACACAGUGUGGAACGAGAUUAAAAGCUAAUCCGUCACAUAGCUUUAUUUCACAGCUCAGAAGAUUUGGGCAUGGUGUUCAAAUCUAUGACAUAAACAUGAAAGAUUGUUAUCAAAGAAUACACCUAUAUGAUCCGCUCAGCUGCAGUGGCGUUUGCUUAGGCUCGUUAACAUUCAGUUCAUAUUAGCCUGCGUGGCAGGCCCUCGAUUUUAUGGGGGGCCUGAUUUGCAAAUCAGGCCCCCCCCCCAUAAAAUUGAGGGCCUGCCAAAAUCACCCCACCCCCACCCCAUAAAAUCGAGGGCCUGCCACGCAGGCUAAGUUCAUAUUAGUAGGUAAUUGUACUGUUUCGAGUGCAAUUUGGAAAAAAAACAUGCACGAGUGAGUUUUUCAAAGACUAUCAAAAUUGCACGAGGUGUCCCAGUUGUAACAAGUUUGUAACAGCUGUUAACAACUUGUAACCGAAGCUUGAUGGCAUUAUCAGACUUGUUACAAGGUUGUUCUAACAACUGUGACGGGACAAGGUUGUAACAUUGUUAUAUCAUGACUGUGCUGAGUGGUUAUAUUACUACCUUAAACAACCGUUGCUGCAACAAGCCUGAUGAUAUCAACAUGGUGGUUACAAGCUGUUAACAGCUUGUUUCAAACUUGUUGACAACUUAGAACAAGCAGAGCGAACACAACUUGUUGACGACUUGUUGGCAUGCAGACAUGCUGUUUCUGUACAAGAUGUGAGAUGUUUGCGUGGGUGCACAGGGUAUAACCGGAUACUGUAUUAUAUUUACGUAAACGGAUAACCAAUUAACCAAUUUUGGGCAUAAUUGGGCAUAACUUUGCCAAACUACCUGUUACAGAAGUCCAUUAAAUUAAAUUGUUUCUGUUACUAUAAUACAAAACAUAAAGUCCAUUAUUUCAAACCUACACGCUUUUUGUUUUAGCAUAUAAUUACAAUACAAUAUAUGACAUUUCUUUGCCUUAAGGCUGUUGCAAAAGUAUUCUUUAUUCAAAAAACCUGUUUGUUACCUUUGCCAUUGAAAUAUUGCUAUUGCUUAUACUUAUAAUUGAUGCAAUGAGCACACGCGAGGUAAAUAAAGACGUUUCAUAGUAUCAUAGGAUUUUUACCGUGCAAUAUAUAUGUAUUAUCACCGGAUCAUUAUUUUGUAUAGUGAAUGUCCAUGCCAUAUCAGCUCUAAACAUUCUAAACAUGCUGUUCCUAGUCCCUAUGGUCAUUGUUUACUAACUUAUUGUGUUUAUUUACAGUAUUUCCGGAAACUUCAGCCGUUAACACAAUCACAAAAUUUAAAAGAAGAAGACAAACAGGAAAGCGGCGAAGCGGAGGUCAUAGCUGUACGGGUGGGAAAAAAAUGAGGUGGGCGGACAAAAAUGGUCGCCGUUGAUGGAAAUUGCCCGAUAUUAACAUGGGUUUAUUGAUAGAUGAAAAAAAAAGGAUAAAAAAAUAUAUGAGUAUAUUGCUGAACCCAGAUUGCAGUGGACAUAUAUGCAGAUAACAUAUUCAUAUUUGUUAUCCAAUCCUUAUAUUGUUGUCAUGGUAACAAAACACUAUGAUCACGAGUAAAAUAGAUAAAAGAAGAUAAGACAAUCCAUGACAACUGUAAAUUUGAUCGGUCAACAAAAAUUAAAUUGAAAUAUUCAAUAUGGCCUAAAAUGACACUAAGGAAUGUACAAUGUUUGUCAUGGGAAAAUGUUUACAAUAAGGUCAAAUAGAUCUCUGUGAUUGGUAGAAUUCGGAGGGAGGGAUCAGGACAUAGUUUACUUUUAGUAAUUUUAAUUUUAUUCCGUCUCAGUCUUGACUUGCAAUCAUAAAAUCAUAAAUAUUUGGACAUGCAAUGGACGCUUUAGACUAAAUUUUAAUCUAAGUAAGAACAACGAAAUCUAUCACCAUAGCUAGAAAGAGCGUCUUGGAAUUAGUAAUAUUACAAAGUUUGGUUGCGAAAUGUUGUAAAAUACGGAAAAUAUAGCCCUUCAAAGUUGGCAAAUUUGUAUACAAAAGUAUUACGUGCGUGAAUUGGUAACUAUAUAAUUAGUUACCAAUUUCCGCACGUAAUAGAAAUGUAUGCAAACUUCGUAGAGCUAUCUUUUCCGUAUUUUACAACAUUUCGCAACCAAACUUUGCAGUUUUUCUAAUUUUGAUAACUUCUUUCCGAAAAUAUCCUUUGUUAUUCCCAGAUUAAAACUUUUUCUAAAGCGCAAAUCGUCCAUUGUGUAAAGAUUUAAGCUCGAUAACAGGACUCUGUAGCUCAGUUGGUUAGAGCUCGCAUCGGAAUCGCAUGGCCAUGCACAUGUUCGAUUCAUUCAUGCCAAGGUCCAUAUAUAGUUGCAUUUUCGCAGUUGCUUCUGGUUAGGUCUAAAUAUGUAUAAAAUUCACACUAGAAAUUUUCAUCUACAGAAAAAUUCUUCAACAUCUCUACCAAGCCCUAGUUCAACCACACUUUGAUUACUGCUAAAUGGUUUGGGGUAACUGUGGUCAUGGUGAAUACUUAAGAGGGAAGCUUCAAAACCGAGCUGCUAGAGUUAUUACCGGCGACCCAUAUGAAAUACGCUCGAUUGAUAUUUUAAAGAAACUAGAAUGGAAAACGUUAAGUGAAAGAAGGGAGGAACAACAACUAAAAUACGUAUCAAAAGCUCUUACAUGCCAAUGUCCUAAGAACAUUUCGGAUAUGUUCAGAUUAUCCAACUCUGUGAGAUAUGAAUUACGAAGCAAUAAUAAUAAGUUGAUGUUGUCAAAGCCAAAAACAAAUUCAGUGAAACGUACUUUCGGUUACGCUGCUGCUAAAGUUUGGAAUGAGACAAAUAAAAACUCUUGAAUUAUCUUUUAUCUUAUUUGGGUGGGGUUUGAGUGUGAAGAUUUCACUGUUAUUAUAUGGGGAGGGUGGAUGGGAGUUUCUUAUACUGUUUGUAACUACACGGCCUAAUGAAAAGCAACGAAAGCCUUGUAAAUAUUUUAUAGUUGAUUAGCUACCGUGUAUAAAGAUGUUUUAAUAAUAAUAAUAAUAAUAAUAACAUAUUGUAUAGGCAGUUGCGAUAUUGAAAAAAAUCGAUAUCGGAAAAAAAUAUCGAUAAUAAUAUAUCGACUAUAUCGAAUUAUGCAAAUGAGAAAACGUAAUUUAAUCAACCAUGUAUACAUUGUGUACAUAUCACAAACAGUUAAAAAGAAAUGCAUGAAACCAGUCAUGAUACGUCUCAGAGACUUAUUAACAACGGUUUAUCUGUUUAUGAAAGUUUAUUAAAGAUAUAUUUACAAGCCUUAAGGCUGCAUUCCAGUUACGCGUUUUUCAUACGUGCGUACACGCACGUAAAAGUUGAAUUCGCUUUACAUCCUACUUAUGAAAUAACUAAAUUUAUAAAAGGAGAGCAUUCAGUUUUGUGUAUGAUUUAAUGUGUAUUUGUUAAAGUUAUUUGCACUUAUAUGAAAUUUUAAGCGAAUUCAACUUUUACGUGCGUGUACGCACGUAUGAAAAACGCGUAACUGGAAUGCAGCCUUAAGAAUGGUUUCACAUUACGUUUGUUCGCAAUUGCCGCCAUACACACGUUGUCUAAACUUCACUGGUGAGAACAAUAAUUGCCGAAUAAUCGGAGAUUAAGUUGUUUAGUUACAACUUUCGAUAUCUUCGUAUGCGAAAAAUCGAAUAUCGAUAUUUUUGAAAUAUCGAUAUUUAUCCUAUCGCAAUUGCCUAAUAUUGUACACUAGUAAUAACUCCAAAUUCACGUCGAUAUCGGUCAACAGAAAAGGAAACAAAAAUUUACAAUUAGAACUGAUACGGUUUGCGGUCGAAAGGCUGGAAAUUUUUGCAUGGGAAUUUAUACAAUCCAAAAGGAUUUUGUUAUGAAAUAUGAUUCCAUGUAGCACCUGGAAACACCAGGCUACGGAUGUUUCGGUUGGUAUUUGACACGAAAAGGAAGAAUGACAGGAUUAAACAACAUGAUUCAGAAUUCUAACCAUUUCUCGCGACUGUGAACCACUAUGCUACCAAUAUCCCGCAGAAAAUUUCCAUUCAUCAAUCGCUAAAAUAUUUUGUAAACUUUAAAAGGCAAAUCCAGUCGUGUAAUCAUUUAGCCCAUCUAUUUGCAUUUCGUAAUAGUUUUCAGUAAUUUGAAACCUGCGUGAAUACUUCGUCUUGGACCUUCGUAUUCAUCAAAACUUUUUUUUAUAAAAGCAGUAUAAUAAAUAUAUAGAUUUUUAAUGUUAAGCACGCACUACUUUUAAGAUUUAUAUUGAAGAAAAACUUAAUUUUAAGUAAACCCUUUGUUUUUAACAACAAUUAUAUUAUAAUAUAGUCUCUUCAUACUUUUUUAGCCUACAAAUGAGAAAUGUUUCCAAACUAUUUUUUAUUUUAUUUUAUUCAUUUCGUCAAACAUAACGACAUGCCAACGUGGCAACGAAAAAGCCAGAAACACCGCCAAAACAACAACGAAUGGCGGGGAUACUACAACAGGAUAAACCAAUAACUUUGAGACCUCAUUAUAAAUAUGUGAACACGUUGUGUGAUUGGCCUUCUGAAAUAAAAGUGUUCAGUGUUUAUGACUCGUUCUUGAGAAAUGUAAUUUAAAUAUUUGAUUGUCUUUUAUUGUAAUAAUCAAUCUCAAAGCUUGUUCGUGCACAUUGGUACUCAUGGGUGACCUUAUGGGCCCCUGAUGCAAUUAACGUUUAUGUACAUAUCAUUAAACCUUUUUCCGACACAUAUAUAAAUUUUAGGUUCACACAAUCCUCUAAUUGACUCAUUGAAUAAUCUGCUGUGUCCUUCCUGGAUAUUUUCUUAAAACCCUUGAAAUUGAUGGAAAGGGUGGAAAACAUAUGACGUGGGUAACAGGAUCCACAACACCUAUUAUCAACCAAGAUUAUUAAAGUUUAAUAUCUUAUGAUAAAGAUAGGAAACAACUAAAUUGUUCAUUAUUAUUCUUUUCACCUUCUCUUAAACCACUUUCAAUUAACAUGCCAGUGAGCAGAAUUGCAGGAAAGAGGUCACACGUACGAAACGUGAGCCAAUAGCUAAACAUACACGCCUUUUCUACAAACUAUUAUUAUUAUUAUUAUUAUUAUUUCAUGAAUAUUUAAACUUAAAGCCAGGACAAAACACUUCAGUAAAAAAUUACUGCUUAGUCCAUAUAAAGUGUUGAUAAUCCCAAUAAAAUAAAUUUCACUGUAGAUUACCUUUCCCCAUUAUUUACUCAUUAAAUAAUGUAUUUUAUCUUUCUGCAGUUUUAAUUGUCAAGUUAGCGGGAAGGAUGGAAAAUAUGUGACAUUGAAAAGGUUCUAUGAAUCUAUUGUUAUAACCAUCAUUGUUUACUGAAAAUGGAAAAAAAAAACAAGAAAAUUGUUCAAAAUUAUCAGUCACUAUACCAUUUAAAUUAUUUGUAAUUAUACUUAAUUCCUGUUGUUUUACAUACAACAGUUUUUAAACUGCAUUAGUGGAAAGGGGGGGGAAAUUACGAGCGGAGUUAAAAGUUCCACAAUGCCUAUUAACCAUCAAUAUAUUUAAGUUCAAUUAAUAUCUUAUACAAUAUGAAAUAGGAAACAACUAAAGUGUUUGUAAUGAUUAUAUUCUCUUUAUGAUAAACGAUUUUCAAUUGUCAUAAAUGAUUUUGGAGAGAAAAAGGUCAGAGGUAAAACGAUGAAACAGGAAAAAAUAAUGAGAUAUAUUUUCCAAUCAGACCAACCUUUCCGGGAUAAAAUUCCCUGUUGCGUUGCCAAAUUUGCCAACCAUAAAAUGGUGUCUUCUUUAACAGGAAACACUAAAUUUUCUACCUUAAUGUAUUAUGCUGUCUAACAAGCAGUAUAUAUAUUGAAACAUCUGUUUUCAUUUAUAUAUAAAAAAGUUAAACCAUUUACUGAUGUUAAUGUAAAGGUAGCCCUUUCUCCUCAAUUAUUUUAAGACCUUGAGUAGAGGUCCGACCAAGGAUUGAACCCGGGUGUCAGCUUAGGAUUGAACCCGGGUGUCAGCUUAGUGAAAGGCAAGUGUGAUACAAGUGAUGCUGUAAAUAAAUAAUACCGUUCAUUAUAGCAAGCGUGAUACGUCCAAAAGCUGUUAUUUAUUUUAAUUAAAUAUAAUAAUUGUGUUAAAAAUAUUUCUAUUUUAAUGCGCGAAAUAUUUUCCAUUCGUUAAGAGGUUAUCUAUUUUCCUCAGCACGCUAUCAGUUUACCGACAGUCACACCACGAGUUUUCGAUACAAAUUGGAUAUCACAUACAAUCGCUAUUGAGCAUUGUAAGCACCGCGAUAUACAUAAUAACUGAAAUUGAAUAGUAUCGCGUGCUAUCUACCAAAUUGCUCAAGCGGAUCGAAAAAAGCACACAAAAUUCAAUCAAAUGGGCCGACUCAAUUCGAAUUGAAUCUAAUUUGCAAUCGUUAUGUCGUUAGUUUAACUUAGCGCAAAUCUCUUGGCUGACUAUAAAUUGACACCAAAUGUGGGUUUUCUAGUUUGCCAGCAGACAUGGUAUUCUAAUUAAAUCCACAUCGCACGAGCUCAGUUUCAUUUUGAAAGUAGCGUUUUAAGUGAUUUUAGCCAAGGGCUACACAAGUAAUUGUCUACCUCAGAACAAUGCAAAUAGCAUUUUGUCAGACAAAUCUAUUCAAUGCAAAUGCUGAUGUGCGUUUUUGGCAUAGAUCGAACGUGCAUAUAGCAAUGGUCAUAGGAGUGGCAAGCGAAAGCCUCGUAGUAAAUUAACACUGGAGCAAUAAGGGAUGACCCUUACGUUAACAUUAUUUUAGAGAGAUCUAAAAUAACUUUUCAAAGUUGAGUCCAUGUUUUCCCUUGCGCGCUUGGUAAUACUGCCAUAAAGACAGUUUAGGUCUUAAGUUUUUGUUGCAAGCUGUCGUUCUCUCUAACAUCGGUAGGCACUAAACUUUGACCUAUUCCACGCAAUGCCAAUGAUUAUGGGUUUGUGGAGCAACAACGUCAGAUACCCUCGCCAUAUUGCAUGAACAUUUCUAACAUAACAUAAGCCCCGGUCAAACGAGAAUGAGAGUUGACAAGCGAGAGUUUGCAUGAGAAUGUUCUCAACUCUCAUGCCCCGGUCAAACGAGAACAAGAGUUGCGUGAGAGUUGAUGAAAGGUGACUGGAUAUUAUUAUAUACACAAAUCAAAAUUUGAACCACCUCGAUGUUGACGAUGGUCGGCGAGACUUUGCGGUCAAACGUGAACUCAUAACACAUGUGACAUGUCGAAAUCGGAUAUUCCGAUACAUUUCAAAUAUAACAGUACAUUAAUUAAAUGUUCAAUAUAAAUAAUAAUGCUACCACAUUUAUCUAUUAUACUGUAUAGAGUAAAUAAUUGCUAUAGUUUUGGUUUUCAACAAUAAUCACUCUGUGUUGUUUCUUUGCAAUUAAAUUAUGAAAACUAAUCGUUUAACGCGUCAAAACCAUAGUCAAAACAUUUUCAUUGGGUCACCAUAACACAAUAUCAUGGCAUUGUUUAUUUUGCAGGCAAAAGUAUAAUCAUUUGAUCAAGUGAAUUUUGAAUAUUUGUAACAUUUUAUCACCACCAACAUAAAUGGUCACAUAUUUUAAAUCAAUGAACAUUGAAUAUUUUACAUGCAAAAAAAAUAUAAUCACUUAAGUAUACCCUCUAGGCAUCCAAACAAAAAUUUAUAAUCGCUUGCUGAAGAGUCUAUAAGUACUGUAUCCUCUAGCGCAUUGAAAGAUUCUGGUCCGUAUUAUAAACGAAAUUUGCGAUUGUAUAUUUUACAGGCCAAAGUUUGUAAUCGCUUGACUAAGUCACUAUAAAGUCCGGACUAGGCUUGUUUCGAGUGUAUUUCGAUUACGGCUUGGUAGCUGUUUACAAUAUAUAGUAUAUGAUAUAUUAAUAGGAGCUUGAAUACACGUAACACGCUUGGUAAUACAUUUUAUUAUGAUAUGAAAUGAACUCUCAGGGCCUAUAUAUAGACUAUUCAAUAAAUACUAUUCUCACACAAAGCUGGGAGCUGCUGCAGCCAACCGCCGCAACACUAGUUCAGGCGAUGAAAAAUUGCGUCUGUCAUGUAUUAGACACAUUUUCAUGCGACUUUUGAAUUGUGGUAUCACUCAGUCAACCAGACUGCGACAUAGUUUGAGAAAAGCUUUUGGGAUUCAGAUUUAAUCUUUCCUGGCUUUAAGGACAAACUUACAAUAGUCAAAUGCAAAUCAAGCGUCUGGUUGUCUAGUUAAAUACAGACAAAAUACCCGUACCAAAAAGUCAAAAUAGAACUGUUAUGUUUUUUUUUGGUUCACACUUUUUGGUCGUUGGUACUUUUAAUACCAGGCACAACUGUAAAUGCAACAGAUGUACCUAUAAAUUGGUGAAUACCGAUUUAGUUAUAAUUAAGUUAUAAACAUAACAUAUAGACUUAAAAUCUUUUCUUUAAUAAUUGUGGCUACAUAUCGUGUUUUAAAAAUAUAUGUAAUGUGGUAUAGCAUACACCAUGCGCCAAUUGCAGUGUCAGAUAUAGUAUCUGAUGUGACGAAGGGCUUUCAUCGAAACCAAAUUUUGCAUAUACUGAAUGCAACAACCUAUACUACAAAGGACUCGUAUAAAAGAGUUCGCUUAACGUUUUUAGCAACAUCGUGGUUUAUACUUGUUAUGCAAUUCAGCCGAAGAAGGGUGCUAAACGAGUAAGCGGUUAAUCAAAUUACCAUCGAAAUGUUUGAUAAUAAUUUUGAAUAGUUUGGGCAAGGCGUCUAGCAAACUCGAAUCGACCACAUGAAUUGUUGACCACAGCAAUUCCGAUUAGCAUUAUUUAGCAAAAGUUAAAGCUAUCAUAGCUUUCUACUCUAACCAAACAGUCGAAAUGAUACGCUCUGCAUGUAGCGAUACUCGGACAUUUUAACCAUUUCCACUGCAAACCGUCACCGCAUGUCGUUGACACACUGACCAUAUCUUAAACGUCGCAUUGUUUUGGCUUCGUGAGUGAAGCAUUAAACAUGUCAGCGAAACCAAACAGAGGAUUAGCCCGCUUUCGCUUGUAUAUUUUCGUCGAAAUAGCGACAAUUAGGUGAAUGCGAUGUGUUUUUACCCAUGACAGUAACUCAGUGCAAACUAUGCUGGCCAAUUGAUAUAUUACUAGGCAAAUACCACACGCGCAAUUUGUAUGCCAUCCGUAAUUAUAUUGGUUAUUUCGGAAGAAAAUAAGGAUUAACUCGCUUUUGCUUGUAUAUUUUGGUCGAAAUAGCGGCCAUUAUAGAAAACACAAUAUAUUUCUAACAAUAAUAAUGUGCAUUACCACAUAUAUACCAGCGUAUUAGCUAUUAAAUUGGCUAUUAAUUGGCGAAUGCCUCGUAACGUCUCAUAAGUGUUACUAUAUUAACUUGCUACAACGAGUGUUUUUAUGCAAAACACAAAAUCGGUAAUUCCAAGUAUACGAACAUUUAAAUAUAUAUUCUGGCUUUCUACAAUGCUUUAGUCAUUGUCAGCCAAAUAACGAUGGGGAAAUAUUAUAUUUAUUUGGAAUAACCGGUUUUGUUUGUGUAUUUGCGUAUGGUAUCGCGGUCGUAUUAAAUGUCGGUGCGAUAUAGUACUGCACUGAACUGUCUUAACUUAAUAAACUCCGUUUUAUUUAUUUAGAACAACUUUAGUUCAUAAUCUACACUACUUCAGGACAAAAGUAAAGGGGAGUUUUCCACAACGAAGAGAUUCCACACAAUGCUAACUUAUAGAAGGAGUCGCAUAUUCAAUCGAUCAGUUUGUAUUGGUAUGUUAUCGAUGGUAUUUUAAUAAAAUAAUGUCUGUAGCGAUGCUCACUUACCGACAGUCAUCUUUAUGCCAAUAUAGCGGUGGAUAGUAUAGCUGGCCAGCAAAGGAAACGGGCGAUAGUAGCAAUAACAGUAAAGUUGAUGCUUUCAUAUUUGUUCCGAGAUGCUAAACAUAUGUGUUUGAAUAUACCAGUAUAAAGCAUGCGACGAUAUGUGAGUGUUUCUUCCGUAACAGAAAACCGCAGGGAGCCAGGGGUUAUGGUCCGAGUGUCGAGGGCAUGACAACGUGGUUCGUGGGUUCUAAUGAAGAGGGUGGGAGGAGGGGGUUUCUGCUCGAGUGUCGAGUAGUGUGGAGAAAUUCUCGAGCUUCGUGGGUUUCGUGACCCACGAAAGGAACGAGUGUGUUUCAUUUUUGGACAGUGAGGUUCGAAGCUGAACGGUUUGCAGUUGGCUGAUGGAACAGUCAGUUAGAGCGCUGCACCGGAAUCGCAGGGCUUAUAUAUAUAUAUAUAUAUAUAUAUAUAUAUAUAUAUAUAUAUAUAUAUAUAUAUAUAUAUAUAUAUAUAUAUAUAUAUAUAUAUAAUUGAAUGAAACUGCUCCGGGUUAGGUCUAAAAAUGUAUUUAGCGUUUUCGAAUAUUCCAUCUACAAAAAAGCCAUUUACGAUUUAAAAUAAUGUUGUUAGUUCAGUUUAGGUUUCCAGAAUAUAAAGUUAGUUUAGGUUAACAGGAUCUCAACUCUCAAGGAAUAGAAAGGAUAUAGCUAUCCAGUAUAAGUUUUGUCGAGUAUAUAGUUUAAUUUAUUAAAUCCAAAAUUUAUAUUAUUUACGCUCCAAACCUGAUCGGUUUGGGAUCAGAUUUUAUACACAACAACCAUGCAUGGUUGGCAUGCAUGAAUUCUCGUCCUCGAUACCCUAGCAACGUCCUACGAGUUUCGUCGAGGCUAUAUGGCAAUUGCCCACGCUUUAUAAAUAUAGAUUGUAUAUGAAUUCAUUAUAUCUGCUAUUUCUUUUCAGCGAACUGUAAGGGACCAAAAUAUAAUAAAAAAACGUCUAAUUUUAGCACGCGAUAGAGCCAAACCCAAACAAAACGCUGCUUUUUUAAAAGUUAAUUUAGCAAGGACAUAUGUGAAAUUUUUGCAAUGACAUAUAACAGCAACGCGAUAAAUUCCAGGUGGAUUCUUGUUGGUCGAAAGUGCUGUGGCCAUGCACGUGAAAUAGUCUGGAUCUAGAUCAUGUUACUGAGUGCGCAAACUGACUAAAAAAAUACAUCGAUACCGAAAUGUUGCAUUCAUAUUAGUCACAAUGACAUGAGUCUGGAAAGCCAAGACCAAAUGGCGGCGACUUUAUCUCGUUCGUGACUGAUAAGUGCAUUCGAGGAAUCAUGUUGUGUUUAAUAAAAAAAAUGGUCCAUAACAUUUGAAAGCAAUAUGUUAUGUUAAAAUCAUGGAUUGUAAUCUGGAUCUAUGAAGACUGAAAACGGAGUCUAGCGGCACCACUCAGUUAGCGUCACAGGCCAUUCGGUGAUAUAAUAUGAAAAUUGUGGAUUGAUAGGGAUACAUUAUGGUACCCGCUAUUUUCAGGCAGUUGUAUCUCAUCAAUCCUCAGUUUUCUGGGGUUUUUUCCAUUAUUUUUAUAAUUUUGUUAUACAAUGAAAAUACAAACAACUAUUUUCAAAACAACUACAUUUUAAAACUACAUUGUAAAACAACUACAUUUUAAAACAACUACAUUUCUGGGUGUGGUCAUUGACCAACGCUUAACAUGGAGUCAUCAUUUAGAUAUGAUUCACAAGAAAAUCACGAAGUGUACAGCAACAAUAUCAAAAGUAGACCGUUACAUAAAUAUGAAUGCUCGAAAGCUAUUAUAUUAUGCCUUAGUCUAUCCAUAACUGUUUUAUUGCAAUUUAAUAUGGGGUAACACAUUUACAAAACAAGAAUUCAGAGGUUAACAAGCAUCCAAAAAAGAUAAUGAGAUUAAUAACAUUUAAAUUCGGAACACACUGAACCAAUUUUUCAAUUUAGAGAUCUAUAGAAAUAUUAAGCAUUGAACAAAUAAAUUGCUGUCUCACUAUUUAUGUUUCGAUAUAAUCAACUAGAAAAUCAACCCCAAAUAUUUAAAAAUUAUUUCACAGCUAAUUAUGAAAUUCACGACCACAACACCUACCAGCGCUCCUUCUUUAUUCGUGCAUCCAGAACUUGGAACUCUUUACCAACUACACUAAGAUCUCCUGACAUUAAUAUUAGGCAAUUCAAAACCGAUUUACAAACUUACUACCUGACAGCCCUGAGAGAAUGCUUCGACGAAGAAGAUCCGAGGACAUGGAAGACUAUUUGUCUGAAGUGUAACACUAGUCGUUACUUACGUUCUUCUGAACUAACUUGUUGUUUUUAGUCUCCUGUCCAUGUACUGUAUGUUAUAUAUUCUGUACUGUAUGUGUAUUUUUGUAUAGGGCCCACAGUAAUUGGUUUACACUGUUGUGGUGUCCCUGCCAUUUUUGUCCAUGUUUAUUGUGUAGAUGUCUAUUUGCUGUUCUGUUAAGUGUUUUUGGCAAAGUUUAAUAAAUAAAUAAAUAAAUAAACACAAGAAGUGCAUCUCAACUUCACAAAACUUUCACUAAAGAACUAUGUAAAACAUACUCUUGUUAUCAAAUAGUGAAAAAGAAAUACAAAUUGCAUUGAUAUAAACUGUCUUAUUUGUACAUAUAAUUAUCUUUAUUUCUUAUUAUGAACUGAUUAUCUUUAUAGUCCUAUGACAAAAUAAUGUUUUUGUACAUGUAUCAUAGUUUAGUCUUAAACAAAAGCCUUACUGAUAGGUUUCUAUAUUUCAACUGCCGGGUUGGUUUCGCAGUAUCAGGGGCUAAUUACAGACCUAAUACAAAUUAGCAAUAAAAACAGUGCAAAUCAGUCUCAUUACUCAUAUCUAACUCACUGAACUGAGAUAUACGCAGAUUUAUACUCCCGAGACCCGAGGAGAUAUCGCGCUUUCACCUCGGAGCUGCUAUGAUAGAGUUUUCCAGAUGUUGAUAGGAGAGUGCCGAUUAAUAUGCAUUUUAUCUAUACUUCAAUUCGUGCUAAUCGUGCGACAUGUAUGCAGUUGGCUGAUUAUAAUCCAACUCUACCAGUCCUAAAUUAUCUUCCCUAGCCCUAGGGGUGGUCAUCCAUCCCUUUGUCACUCUGGUGACAGCACUGGUGUUAUCAUUAGAAGAAAUCCUGCGAUGUCUGGAAGCAGUUUUCUUUCGGGUGAUAAAGGUGAAAUUAUAAUCAGCCAACAAUGCAUGUCGCAGGAAUUGCAGUAUAGAUAAAAUGCACAUCGGCACACUCCUAUAUAUCAACACCUGGUAUAACGUAUAACUCGUAGCAUCGAAAGUCGGGAGCCUCGAUUUAAAAGGAGCCCCAAGGUGAAAGCGCGAUAUCUCCUCUAGAGUAUAAAUCUGCGUAUAUCUUCAGAAAGUUAGAUAUAUAACGAGAAAUAGGGAUUUUAAUGAAUAGUUGCACUGUUUUUGAUUGCUCAUAAAGACCGAGUUUUAUACCACACAACUUUUGCCUAAAACUGUCGCAUGCAACUUGCUUACAACUUGAGUUGAAGUCAAGCACACAACAACCUGAACUAGCCUACAUACAGUGAUCUGAUCAGAGGUCCUGUUUGAAAAUCAUGUGCAAUGAAAACGUUUUCCUCAAUAAAGACUACUUACUAUACAUUACUACUACUAGUGCAUCCUUUCACAUCCAACGCCAACUGCUGUCAUCAUCACUGCGUGAGAUAUCAAAUUAAACACGUUAGGUCACGCAAAUUCCGGGUUAUUUCUUACAGUUAAUACAUAUAUCAUGACAUUUUGAGGGUGCAAAACUGUCAAGUUUUUUGGCCCGCAGAGUGCAUGGUAUUUUUCUGUCAAACACAUGAGAUCACCGUGAUUUUAUGUUUUUUUUAUUGAGAUCAGAAUUCGGUAAUUUCACCAUGAUAUGAGUCAUUCAAGUUGAGUGACGAGAGCCAUAGGUAUGGCUAGAUAAAUAUUAGGAGUUCGAUUUAAAACAACAGAAAAUUAUUAGUCAUUUCUUGGAAAAACAGAAAUGUGACAAAAACGCGACAUGCAUGCACAAGCGUGUAUUCGUGUGCAGGUGAACUGAGCAUGCGAGAGGGAACGCGUAUGUGUAGACGAGGAUUGUCAACACGAUUAUGCACAAAAAAUGAUAAUAAGAUAUUUGAAGAGAUUUUAAGACUCGGCCAAGCUAUUUUCAAAACGGAAAAUGUAUAUUUAAUGAUGUAGUCUGGCCUAAAAUCAUUUGGAAGAAUUAUACUUAUUAAUCUUAAAAAACAAUUAAGUCAAAAAAAGAAAUUUAAUCAUAUUUUCGUCUCAUUAUGAUGAGGGAAUUCGCUGAUUGACAAAAACCGUAUUGCUCGACUAUGAACGGUUAAAGUUAUCGAAUAUUUCAAGUGUUCGACCACUUCAAAACAGUAGGCCAAAGUUAUAUAGCAGCCAAGCUGGCACUUAUUUCUGAUUGAAAAUUCAAAGAAUUUACUUGCAACUUACUUUACUUUAUGAUGAAGAUUUGACGCGCUCCAAACAGAACUUACAUAUUUGGAGCCGUGAUGAGAGAAACGAGAACGAGAGGAACCGAGGAAAGCAGACAUUCAGCUAGGACAGUCUAGCUGUUGAACUCCGGAAAGUAGAACAAUUUACAUCUUUUAAAAUCAAACUGUACAUUUAUCACUAUCUGCCGUAGCCUGCGAAUAAAUGGUGGAUUAGAAAAAAUGGGCGAAGAAAAAAAGGGCGAGAAAAACGGGGCGAAGCAAAAAAUGGGCGCCCUUCUUUUAAUAUUAGCAUUAGUGCAUGGUAUAGUAUAUAUUAUGUUUUGCUCAGGGCUGCAUUGAAAAUCACUCUUAUGAUUGAGUGCACUUCCUGAUUAAAUAUUGUAAUUAUUAUUACUAUAUCGAUUUGUGAUCUUCUGAUUAAAAUGCACAAUGGAAUCAUUGAUGUUUUUUGGCUGAAAACAAACUGCGAUUUCCGUCAGGUAUUUAAAACUUGGUCACUUGGCAGUCGUGGCCCGUAUUACCUUAUGAAUCUCUAAAUUAACACCUUCAGUUUCCCAAUGUACCAAAGCAUAAAACCUGGUCACUUGCCAGUCGUGGCCCGUGGGAUACAUAUUUUAGCGUAUUUUACCUAGACCGAUUUGUUUCCGUGUGCUUUUUACAGGAUUAAGUAAACUUUAAUAUUUCCUUUCAACACUGACUGAAGAAAAGACAAUAAUUUCCGCCCAGGUCGAAGUGAUUUUUUAUUAACACAAGGAAUAUCCAUUUUGGUGAAAGAUGUGCCCGUCACUCGGAUAUUAAAUACGUUUUUCCUUCAAAUUUUUAAGUUUGAAUCAUGAGAAUGAGCAUGCACAAUUAUCUGGUCGCUUUACGACUCCGAGAUCGCUUUAGGACAAUUACACAAAUUUGGCUUAAGUAAGGUUAAUGGUAGAAAGGUUCAGAACUGCACAGAAAAAUUCCUCAAUUGAACAUGAAUUCAGGGGCUGGCUCAAGCUAAGCCGGGUUGAAACAAAUGUCUAGUAUCGCAGUCAAAACGGGCUCAUGUAAACGAUAUAAAAAGCAAGCCGCGUGAGGUCUUUGAACCCGGGUUCAAAAUCAGGCCUGAUCAGACUUAUCAGAGGUAUAGCAACUAAACGCGUCUGUUGUUAGUCAAGGUGAAUAAUUGUUCAAUGGGUAAUGGAAAUAAUUUUUUAACGGCCAUUAAUGACCUUUUGAUGAGUGAAAUCGUCUGGUGUUUAGUCGGAUUAAAAUCAUCUGUCGUUAGUUAGAGUAACUUGGACAAGGAUUCUGUCGGUUUCCAAGAAUUUUUUUUAAGCGGCCGUGGCACAUUAAGGAUGCUUUAAUCCAAGUUUUAUUUUGGAUGAGCGAAGAAAAGCAAAAACUGAUCAAGGAAAGGGUAGAAAUUCCUAGUUAAACAACGAUUCUUGAUUCGAUUCCAGUUUGUACCCUCUUGGUAUACCUCCACGUGAACUAAAAUUAAUAGAAUUAAUUUUCAGCAGGAGUUAAGACUCAAUUUAGCCACUGCAAAACAUAUCAAACUGUAUCACUACUUAUGUACAAAACAUACCUAUGUAUAAUUGCAUGUGGCGAUUGACAUCUGUCGUUGAUAUGAUAUAUGCUAUUCAGGCGCUUUGGGGAGCACGUGUAAGUUAUUUUACAACUGAUUGACCGCACGCCGUGCGCAAAGGAGGUGCAUAUAUUGUGCGCAGCUUGAUUUGCGCAAAAAAUUCAAAUUAACGGAGGGCAAAUGACCAAUUCACAACCAAUUUAGUUCCAAAUUCAAUUUUGUGGAUUUGACGGAAAUUGCAGGUCGGCUCAAGAAAGACCAGUUUGGAGUUCCGUCUGCACAUCGAUGAUUAAUCCAAAUGACGCGAUCAACGUCGGAAAUAAAUUGCAGUUGAAUAAGACUGUUUAAAAUGUGUGCGUCAAAGUAUUCAACUGUUCAGUCAUUUGUAUUUUACAUAUUAUGGCGACAAUACAACAGUGUUCAUUUGACCUGGCAUUUUAUUCUUCUCCGUGUAAAGCAAGAAAUACGGGAAUUAUUUUUUUCUGCUGUUUUACAUUAGAUUUUAGGGAAUGCUUUGUUUGUAAUUUGAAGCAAUCGACAAUUCAAAAACUGACUGAUAAGAUAAUGAUAUUAGCAAAGCCCAGUGUUACUACGUUGGCACAGGUGCUUAAUAGUUUUCUUCUUCGCUUCAAUAUGGGUGUGGUAUUAGCUUCUAGGCUCACUCCUUUGUCGGAGAAAAGUGACCGCACGUAUAAUCAAAUUAUUCUGACGCCCCAGUAGAGUUGAUGAAAAAUACAGUUAGUUUAACAUAUCGAAAGCGUAGCUAAAUUUACUCCUAGUUCAGCAGGAUGAUAAGCUUUGAUAGCUUACAAAAUUUCAUAAAAAAAUUUCUUUCUGAAAAAAUAACAAAACCGUGUGCAAUAUUGUUGUUGAAAGUGACACUGUCGAUGCUAUCUUUGUAAUUAGUUGAAAAUAUACAAACGAAAAACCAUCUGGAGAACGAUGUUACUAUAGGUGACCUCAGUAAUUUCCCUCCAAGAGGCAAAUCGUGCAGGUGCAAGUACAUACGUACAUCCAAUUUCUCUGUCAUAAAACCAAUAAAAACCAUGAUGCGCGCAUGCAUGGGUGAACUUAUAGUUACACAACUGGAGGUUGUUUUGUACAUAAUUCUAACAGUUGCAAUUAUUCACUUAAAGACUAUAAGAACUGGUUUGCGGUAUUCAAGCUGAAAUAAUUAGGUAAUUAUUAUAGUACUGAUUUCCGCCUAGUAUAUAAUUUAAACUAUGACUAAGACAUUUAAUUGGACCUCUCUAAAGUUAGUGUGUCCGUAUUAGGAGAGGUGACUCAGUGUAUGUCCGUACAUGCAGUAUUUUAAUAGGGAGACGUGACCGUAUUAGAGGUAUACCCUGGUACAUAUUAUAGGAAGACGUCCGUAUUAGAGAGGUAGAGUCCAGUAUUGGGGAGGUGUUCAUGAUGUACUUUUCAAAAACUCAUUAGUACUAAUUCAUGAGGAAAACACAAAGGAAAAUCAUAAGCAUGUCGUAUCUUUUUUGUGAUAGAGAUUUCCUUUGAUAUACAUAAACUUUAACAUUGAUUUUCUCGACUUACACAACGUAUUUUUUGAAAAUUACUUCGUUAAUGAACUUACUGGAUCGAUUGUUUUUUAAGCAAUUUGAAACAUUCGCAGUGCGUGUUUUAUCAGACCGUAAAGAUACUGGGCUUUGCCUCGUAUCUUUAUAUCUCAUAAAACAUUGCUGCUCAUGUUUUAAGUAGUACAUAAAAAAUAAAUGUAAUCCGAACCAAGAUAGUCAGUAUCUUGGCGACCGCGUUUGUUGACAUUGGCACAUUUUACACACACCGGUAGUUAAUUAUAGCACAGAUUAUAGCAGUUUCACGCCAGGUGCGACUUUCGCCAAUUGCAAACAUGCCGUGUUUUCUUGGGUAAUUCCUGCCCACAGUUUAUGCUACAAAAUCUUUCAUAAUACCCACUGAUUCCCCAUGAGCAGUAUUACAAAAUGUACAUAUAUGGCAAAAGUGAUGAUCACCAUCACUCUGUCAACGCCUCAUUUAAAAUACAAAUAUUUUAUGUAAUUUGCCGGUAUCCAAGACUAAAACCCGAAUUCAUGAAUAUUCAACACGGCGUUCGGCAAGCGAAACACCUUACAUCAAUCUCGGUCGUAUAUUAUAGAUGAAACCGAGACGGUUUUAAAUGUACUUUUAUAUGCCUUCUUGCCUCGUUCCGGUUCUAAAAUUACAUUCAAUUUCUCAGAAGAGGCCAAGAAGGUCUAAUAGGAUACAUAUCAAAGAAUGUUUAAAUCUGUCUUUAUUCUGAAAAUGCAUGGUUAAUCGUAUAUCUGAACCCUUUUUCGGCAAUAUAUCAGACCCAGUAGAUAUUAAUAUAUUUUAUUAUCUUUCUUUAUUAUCUAUAACAAGCUUAGAAUCAAUUUCAGACGGCUACUCGUUGAGACUAUUCAACUCAACUGUAUUUUGUCAUGAUAUUAAUUAGGUUGAUUAUAGUACGAGAAAUUAAAGUUUCACCGUAUAUUUUUUAUUCAUUGUUUUAAGAAUGACUUUGCUUUCCGAAAGUCGGUAUAGGAGAUGUGUUUCUUCUAUUGAUGAAGUCGGGCAAAUUUUUGUCUAUCCCUUAUAAUCCCCCCCCCCCUAAUUUUUAAUCUCCCCCUAAUUUUUCCCGCCUGUACUAUGCCUAUGAGUGGAGUACCUGAGAAAGACAGCAAAGGUAGCGUAUUCUCUUCAGUUAUAUAUUUUAGGACCUUGAGUAGCGAUCCGAGCAAUGAUUGAAGCCGGGUCUCCCAGCUUGAAAGGUUUUAAGCGUGGUGACCACGACAUCCGACUGAGGUGUAAUCAUAAGGGGCGGACCAUUAGAAAUCCCGGGAGGGGGGGUAUAAAAUUUUUGCGGCACGAAUUUUUUUUUCAGUCUCAUGUCUCUGCAGGAAUUUUUUUUAAUGCAUUUAACCUCUGCACGAAUUUUUUUUCAAGACUACUUGUACUUCACUGUUUGCUUGCACGAAUUUUUUUUCUCUGACGUAAUGGCUGCACGAAUUUUUUUUCCAGGCAUUUUUCUUUGCACGAAUUUUUUGGGGGGAAUUUUCACCCCCCCCCUCCCGGGAUUUCUAAUGGUCCGCCCCUAAUCUCUGACAACUGUAUAUUGCAGGAACCGAACCCAGAUCAGAAUUCAGGUUUUAUUCAUGUGACUUAGUUACCAUACCAUGCAGGACUGAUGAAAACAAAUGAUUCAUCAACUGCAGGAGAUAUCAAGACUAUUCUCCCAGGGUGUCAAUCAUAUCUGCUGCGCAGAGACAGUGUUUCCCAGUAUGAGUCGUGCACCCAUACAGAGUGAAAUAAGAACAAAAUUAAACUAAUCUAAACAGUAUAUUUAUAUAUUGGAUAUGCUCUAUAAGCUCUGCGGUCUACAAGUUCCCCCACAAGGCUAUCUGUGCAACAUGUUGGCCUCAUUCCUGAUUGAUCCGGGUUGGGUUACUUAGACAGGAGGAAACCGCAACCAAACUAACUUUAUUUCAUACCGAAUAGCUUUGUCGGUUUUGCCUGAAUUGUUAUCUCUAGAGAGCUGCAUUAAUUACGUCUCCUAUUGGUCCAAUGUUACUCCAGGGUAAACCCAAACUAAACUAACUUUAUUUAUACUGGAUAGCUCUAUCAGUUCAAAGCAGGCCAUAUGCAGUAACUGGAUCAAUAUACGCGAUGCGUCUUACUCAGUGGCAGUAAGACGCAUCUCGUAUUGAUCCGCGCGGGAGGAAACCUAAACUAACUUAUUUAUACUAUAGAUAGGUCUAUAUCAGUUCUGAACUGUUCCCAACUUCCCCUGCAUGGUUCGAGAGAUCCAGUUUUAAUGCCAUCUUGUUACCGUAGCAGUAUAUCAGUUCUGUCGUCCGGUCUGUCGUUAUUGUAUCACUUCUUAACUGUUUUCUUCUAUAAAGAGCCAAUCUGUAAUCCCUUAUCGGUCCAGUGUUACUGCAGCAGGGAAGACAUGCAGGAAUUCAGAGCACCUGCAGAAAACCUGUGGUGUUUGGUAGGCCACUCGAAGCAUUCUUCUCACAUGGACUUACAGUACAGAUUGGCUCUUUAUAAGAAAACAGUAAUAAUAAAUUUAUAAUACAUUUUAAUAUUAAAAACUCAUAAUAAAUCAUUUUACCAGAAUUUUCACUUGUUGAAAAUUUUCUUAAGUUCAAUGUAGCUUCAAUUCUGGCCAUGUAUAUGUAUCUAUACCCUUCGGCAUGCAAAGCUCAUAGAUUUCAGUGAUGUCUUUGAUCAGGGUGUAGAAACAAGGUGGAGAAUUUGUCAAUAGGCGUUCUUCCAAGAUACGAUUUCUUCCUUUAUAGAAUUGUUAAACUGGCUAACCACGGGGCCUAUAUAUCAGACGGACAGAUAUAUAUAUAUAUAUAUAUAUAUAUAUAUAUAUAUAUAUAUAUAUAUAUAUAUAUAUAUAUAUAUAUAUAUAUAUAUAUUACCUGUAUAUAUAUAUAUAUAUAUAUAUAUAUAUAUAUAUAUAUAUAUUACCUGUAUAAUGAUACUCUUUCUAUAUAUAUAUAUAUAUACAUUUAUAUAUAUAUAUAUAGUUUACUCCCCAUCACUCACUAAUUUAUUUUACAUAUAAUUACGGUGUUUUUUUUUCUUCUGUGUUACUACGUACAUGUAUCCUAGAUCUUGCCGUAAAUUGGAAAAAACGUCCUUUCUUGAGCAAUGAGCAUUCAUGUAAAUACCGGCUUGAGCGGGCACAUUUUUUUCACUUGUUUCCCGACGGGAUCACAUGAUCAGCUAAUCACGUUUACCGUUAACUACUAUAGCUCAGUAAUUAUUAUAACAACUGAUGUCAUUACUGAAUUUCUACUGCGUAGGCGUAGCUAAAACAGUUCAGUGAUAACAUAUAUAUAUGGAAAUAUAGUAACCCUCAGUCAGUGAUUCAGUUUGUUUUAAUAAUCACGGAAUGGCACAUCGUAAACUAUACCUUGUAUACCAAACACUUUUAGGCCUCUCAGCGAGUGCACAAAACCGAGACCGACCUCUUAGACAGCAUCGCACGCAAAGAAAUAUUUUUAGUCCGUGAGAUCUAUUUCAAAACCGCUAUCAUAAACCAUCGUAUAGGCAUGCAAAUAUGCAAGUAAACUAUACGGAUUGUUCCUAUUCACCCUGGCUGUUUAACCCCAUAUGGUUGUCGCAGGCAGGCGAUCAUAUAUCUAAGUAAACAGAGUCAUGGAGCAACCAUUCUUAACCCACUAUAGCUUUUAUUGUUCAUCGCGGUAAUAGCAAUGCGUAGGCUUGCGAAACUUGCCAUACAGGGGUUACAUUUGCUAAAAAUGGUAACGGUGUUCCAUAAAUGGAAAAGUUGUCAUAUAAACAUGACGAGUCGCACGGUUUAAUCAUGUACAUGUAAAUUGCCAGCAUUGUUGUGGACGUAUUGGUUCCUAGCUAGCUAUUCUUCCUAUAGGUUAGCAAACCAGGAAACAUUGUUUUCUAUAGCAAUGUUCCCAAGGAUGAGCGGAAAUGAAAACAUUGCUUUCUGGCAAUUUUUUAGCCCAAAAUGGGCAAAGCAGAAAACAUUACUGCACGGAAACAUUGUUCCCAAGCCAUGUUUUUCAAACUGGUGGGCAAACCAGAAAAAAUUGUUUUUAAGCCAUGUUUCCCAAAGGCGGGCACAGCCGAGUGAGAAAUUUUUUUAUUUAUUUUCUAGCCAUGUUUUCCAAAGGUGGACAAACCAGGAAACCGCGUUGUUUCCUAUAGCCAUGUUUCCCAAAGGCAGAAAAAGGUACAUGAACAAACUGGGAAGCAUUGUUUCCUAGCCCGUGUUUCCCCCAAAGCGGGCAAACCAGAAAACCAUUAUUAUUGUUUUCUAUAGCUAUUUUUUCUAAAGAUUGGCAAACCAGGAAAUGUUGUUCCUAUAUAGCAAUGUUCCCAAAGUUGGCAAACUAGGAAAUAUUGUUCCCAGCCCCAUGUUUCCCAUAGUGCAUGGGGAGACUGUACAGGGUGUCUAAAAAAAAAAACACUAUGGAAAUUCAACAAGCUGUCGUGCAUCAUCAUUACAUCAACUUUGCUAAACAAUUCAAUUUUUACAUAGGACGAAAGAACAGUUAUUUAGCAGUUCAAUGCCGACACCUUUUUUAAAUCGUAACGAUGAGAAAUAUGGCAACAUACUCGUCAAAUAAAAAUUGCCUAUCGAAAUCACAUUCUUCUACCGUUGGAAUUGAAAAAUAAGUAAAUACAUUAAUUAUGCAAAGUUAAUCCAAAAGCAACGCGAGUCUGCAGCAAGCUACUAUUUUUUCCCCCGUAAACUUUUGUUUGAUUACGAAUGUUCUCUGUUCAGGUGGUUAAUUGAAGAGCGCGAAGGUCCUCUAUUAAGUUUAUCGGUUUUUAAAAACGUUUAAUAUGCAUAUAUUAUAUUUAAACUAAGCUAUUCAAUGUUUUUCUACUCGGCACUUCUCAAUGUUUCCUAAGAGGACAAGUUAGGUCCCUAAUUAGCACCAUUUUUGGAACCGAAAAAUGGUUGGAAUUAACGACAAUCAAUCAUUUAUAGUCUCUUUAGUGGUAAUUAUAAAAAGGAAAACGAAGAAUACAGAUAUUUGUAGAACGUUAUACCUUUUCAUAUUUUAAGAUACACUAUGGCAACGAAAACUAAGUCGUCUUUCAGUAGCAACUCGUGAUAUUAUAUAAGGGCACUAUAAAAAGGCAUUAAAAAUCUAAGUACAGGCAAUGAAUGUUGAUAAUAGUACGGUUUCCAGAGUUUAUUUAAAUUAAGAUGUUCUGUACAAAUAAAAUGGUACAGGUGGUUUGUAAAUUGUUAUUGAAAAUUAUUUAUAUGCAUGCAUGUAUAAAUAGUUAAAAAAAAAGUUAGCCUUUCUCGUCGUAAUUCAGUUCCUCAUUAUUCCGUGACUAUUGACAAAAAUAUGUCGCAGUUUAAAAUUAAAUAUACACGACUUAAUCUAAUUCUGCAAACAUAAAUGGAACAAUGGAAAUAUUAAUGUUUUCAGUUGAAUAACAAAUAUAGAAGACCAAUUAGCGUUCUUUUAGUCAAAUAAAUAUAUUAAAGUUGCUUCUCGAAAAAAUCUUACUAUAUACUAGUUUCCAUUCUUUCCAAACCGUAGCUAAUUAUUGAAAACGCAUAUCAUCAAAUUUGUGGUCUAUAAUUAUUUUUUGCCAUUGUCAUUGAUAUAACCUUUUAUGGACAAAAGCUGGAUCGAAAUAUCAGCAGAAAGUUAAUUCCUUAAGAAUUGCGGUUGUAAUCUAGAAUUUAUCAUAUGACCGAUAGGAUAUAUACAGUGAAUAUACUCAACAUUAAUCGUAUAUGUUUUUUGCAUGUUUUUAUAUAUGGUGAAUAUCUAUUUGCCAAACGGGUGAUUCCACAAAACAAAACAAUUAUAUUAAUCAUCCACUUCAAACUUCCAUUUUGGGUGUUAAUUUUUUGUAUAAAAAUGAGCCAAGACUUUUCUAUUGCUGACAAUGAGUCAUGAUUGCACGUGCUAUUCAAAGUAUUGUUUGAAAUGGGUUUCUUUCAUAAGAGAAUUAGGGGCAGAAUCUUCGUUCAAAAGAAGAACCAUUUCGAAUACAUGCAUGCAUGCGUGGCGAAUAAUUUCAGCCCAUCUAGUUGGACUAGAAAUUUUCCACAGAAAGGCAUAUACUAUAUAGUUGGUUCUUCACCAGUAGCCCUAUUAUAUAUGGUGCACAAAGUUGUUCAGACUAGCCCUUACAUAUAUAUACUGGUUUAUUGGGGGUGAACAACAAUUUUUAAUUAUAUUUUAAGGAAAUUAUUACGGUAACCCGCUGAAGAUAACUAAAAAAUAAUAGUCGAAAAGCUAACUGUAGGGACAUAAUGCAUUGUACUAUAUAUUGUACUGGACUGAACUAUAUACUGUGCUGUAAUGUCUUGUGUAAAUUCAGUAUAAAAUAUGAUGGCGAAGUUAUAUACUAACUAACUAAAUAAAUAAUAAAUAAAAUAAUGCUUAAUGCUCUCUCAGUUUCUUUCUUUAGAGUUACCGUUAUUUCAAUACAUAGCUUUAAAUCAUGGUUAUUGCUUAGUAAAAUUUGAAUGUAAGGAAAUUUCACAUUUUCAGUCGCUAUAUUCGCAUCAGGAAAACAGGACUCUUGCCUACCGAAGAUUACAGCAAGUUGGUAGGCCUAUACUGCUAUAGGCUAAUAAUUUGUUUAACUAAUUGGGAGGUUAUUCAUGAUCAAGACUAUAAACGUGUAGUCCUAGCUCUCGCCUGCAUGUUGGGGCUAAUAUAAACACCUCAUUUAAUAGAAAAACAUAUCAGUCGUGUUUUCGAAUUAGAUUGAUUGUUUUUCUUUGAAAUUCUUUCCCAUUUGUGGUAAACAGCCAUCGUCAUGACAUAACCUGUUAAUCAGAUCAUAUAUACACCUAUGGCUAUAGGAAUUAGGAUAUAAUUUCCUUGAUGUCACAGCUCAAGCCAAGCCUACUGUGAACUUACGUACGUAGCUUUCUGUUGUUCCGUCUUGUGGGGGGAGGUGAAGAAUGAAAUACCACGCAAAUUUAAAGAUAGAGAGGGGGGGGCGUCUAUUAAAAUGAUUUUUUUUCGCAGUUAUUUAGUAAGGCUGUAUUCGAGUUAAAAGUGAUACUGCACAAAACUAACUACUAGUCUUUUAUUCAUUUAGUUAUUUUAUGAGAAACUUUAUAGGGAUUUUUGAAUCAUAUACAGCCCUUACUAUUUUGUUCAUAAUAUAUCGUAUACCAUACACUGAAUGAAAUGCCUUGGGGCAAAAUAAAGUUCCGCCGGGAACUACAUGGGUAAUUAUUUUCUAGCCAUGUUUCCCGAAGGUAAGCACACCAGGAUUUAAACAUUGUUUCCGAUAGUUGCCUCAGUAUUGUAAAGAACUUUUAAAAUAUUUAUCAUAGAACUUCUAACUUUGCCAGUUGCAUGUUUAUUGUGUCCUGCGUAAUUUCUUAUUGGAAACUUAUUUGCGACAUGUGCCGUGUGCCACUGGAGUUCUUCAGCAAAGUAAAUUGCGUGAUUACACAUUUUUCACAUGUUCACAAUAAUUCAAAAUGGCGCCAUUGUUUUGGUCAAAAUCUUUAAAAAAUGAACAACAUGUAAAAAAGAUGUAAAAGGUUUUCAUCCAAAAUUUCAAACGUUCUUUCAAAUAAAGCAAUAGUUUCAGUAUUAUUUCCAACAUGCUUUGUUUACUCUAAGACACAAGCAUUAACUUUUCACUCAGCAACAUUCUUGCUUGAAAGAAGAAUGUAGGCAACGAAGAUAAAGAAAUCUCUUUUGAGCAUUCUCGAUUAAACUCACUUUUUAAAUAUUGGUUUACACGGACACUGCCUACAUUGGACCCCCGUGUUUGAGAUAUGUUUUUUUCAGGUAAGUUCAGAUACAAACCACGACAACUCAUUGCAGAGUAGGCCUACUACCAACUAACCUACACUGGACCAGUAAGUUUGCAUGAGAUACCAAACUGAAUUUCCAUGUUUGAUCAAGUUUUAAAUGUAUAGUUUCAACAUCAUUUUACGGGAAUUUCGGAAGAGUUUAAAAAUAUUGGCUUCACGGUAUUUCAAGGGUAAUAAUAGGAUAUUUACUUGUCUAUGGUCGUAUUGUUAUUGUAUAUUGGGCAAUAUAGGUCAAUAUAUUAAAUCACAUAUGUCUAGUUAAUGCAUGAUCAAUUAUCCCACGACUUCCUCAAUUUGAAACUGAUUUGAAUCACAUGUUGUAUCUGUUGAUAGGUUUUCCGUAAAUUUAUUUUAUUUUUGCGUUAUUUUCUAGUAAUCUGGAACUAUCUAAAUCACUGUUUUGCCUCUAUUAUCAUCGCAACAGACGGUUCGCUUAACAUGAUUCAGAAGCGAGCGCAAACAAAGAACUUUUUAUCGAUCUGCUCGAGGAUCUACUUGUCCAAGGGGCGGAAUCUGUGGCGGAAUUAGACAGUUAAAUUGAGUGUAUCUAACGAUCGAGUGUCGAGGCGAGGGUAAAAAAAGUCGAGGGAGGAAAGUUAAAUAUAGAGGUUCGAGGGUUAGGCAUUGAAGGACGAGUGUCGAGGGUAAAAAUGUUAACACUCGACUGGGAGAAGGGGGGGGUAGGAUCUCUGAUGUGUCUGUGCACUGUGGUCUGUGUGAUGUCUUGGAUCUACAACAAGCCUGCUUCUGUGGUCGAGGGUUUGAUUGGAAGGACGAGUGUCGAGGGUACAAAUAUGUUAACACUCUACCCUCGACUAGAGGAAGGGGGGUCGAUCUCUAGUGUAGGGAUGCAACUACCUCAGUCUACCUGAAAAAUGCAGCGAAAUUCGACGUUUCGAAAUUCGCUUUGACGUCGAAUUCCGAAACGUCGAAUUUCCGGUGUCGAAUUUCGCUUCUAACGUCAAAUUUCGAAACGUCGAAUUUCUUCCCUCGACGAGAGGAAGGGGGGUUGAUCUCUAAUGUAGGGAUGUAACUACCAAAUACAGCGAAAUUCGACGUUUCGAAGAAAUUCGCUUUGACGUCGAAUUCCGAAACGUCGAAUUUCCGGCGUCGAAUUUCGCUUUUGACGUCGAAUUUCGAAACGUCGAAUUUCUGGUAUUUUUCAGUAUUCACUUUUUCAGGUAGUUACAUCGUCUACAUCCCUACCAACGAAAGCUUGUUAUAAGUUAUUAUUAGCACUACCUACACUGGCACAAACCGUUUAAGACUAUAUCUCUGUAUAUUAUAAAAAGCCUGGUUCUGUGGUCCAGUGCAAUGCUACUAUAAAAUGCCCACGGCGGCAAAACAUUUGUUUUUACAUGAAACGAAUAUAUUAAUGAAUGGUCUAAGAUUACGAGUUGGUAUUAUGCUUUAAAAUAAAUUUUUAUAUUUUAAAGAUAUGUAGCCAACGUUGACCAACGUUUAAUCGGUAGGGCAAUUUUACUGGCUAACAGGCAUUUGCCAUGACCGGGCUAUAAACGACAGAUAUAAAAAAGACCUGGAGAUCUUUUCACUCAUGGCUGUUAAUUAAAUAAAUUGAAUUCAGUCCAAACCAUAGGAAAUAUUAGCAAACUCGAUGCAGGCAUAAUAGACCUUAUCAAUCUAUGUUUUUGUUUUACGUUUAUGCAAAAAAAAAUGGUUGGUUCAUCGUCACGUGUGUAUUGUUUUUUUUUUCCAAACCAAUAUACCAAGAGCAAUACAUGCACAAUGGUUAAAUUGAAAACAUAGCUGUUGCCUGUUGGUUUCUCUAGCGAAAAUACAAUAACGACAAUACAGACCUGUCACGUGAUGAUGAACCGACCAUUUAUUGCAUAAACCAAGACAAAAACAGACAAUGAUUAAUGAGGUCUAUUUUUUCUGUAUAUCGAAUUUCUUUAAAUUACAAACCUAUAGUUUCUUAUUUUCUAUUGACUAUAUAUCUACACUUUACGUAGUUUUACUGUAUUCAUUGCUAACUUCUUUAAUUUUCCUCUACCCUCGACUUGAAGCCUUGAUCCUCGAAGAUUUUUGUGGUCUGAAUUCACUCUUGCGUAGCGUUGGCAAUGUAUCGUCACUUGACACGAUAAUAUAAUCUCGUAAGCCGUUUCACUGCCUUGUGGCGUACCAAAGGCUUAAUACCGCUGCAUUGUGACAGAAAAGGAAAUACUUAGCUCCCUUUGAUAAAUAAUCAAGACUCUGACUCAACAUCGCUCUGGUAACCUUCUGUUAAAAUCUAGAACGAUUUCUUCGACGUUCUAAACCGAUAUGCGAAUCGCAAGCGUGGUGUUUUGUAUUGGUAUUUUGGUAAUAUCAGAAUGCCUUGGUUACUAUUAUCCUCCGGUCUUUUGGCAUUGGCAGAAUUGUGUGUAAGUUUGAACCGGUAUAUUAUACAUACGUAAAAAUCGCCCGUAUACUUUAUAUAGCAUAAAUGUGUGAAAAUACAUAUGCGUUUGUGCAAGAUCGCUAUCUCAAACGCGAUGUUUCAGUGUUGAUAGUAUUCUGCAAUAAUCUUGUGUGAUUUGCGUCUGAACUAUACCUGAAAACGAUUCCAAACGUUUUUAAGUUUGAAUCUACAUGAUAUCUUGUUAAAGCCCAACCGCGCGAAACUAUAUAUAGAAGUGUCUAAAUAUAUGGUUAUCUUGACAUUGCGAUUCUAGUGUCGGCGGUAUUCUACAACAAGCUGCCGUGCUUUGCGUCUGAACUACCUGAAAUGAUUCAAUUAGCACUUCGCGUUUCGGAUCGAACGAGGACCCCAUUUACGUAAAUGCCUUCGCUUUAAUAAUUAGUUUCAGGUUGUUUUAGACCCAAACCAAAACAGUCUGUAUAAUUGCUAUCGAUUUUGCAUUCCUUCCGAAUAAGUGGAUCUUGCAAAACCCAAGAUAUUUCGUUGAUUCUAGGAUUAUAGAAAUCUGGGGUUUACGAAUAGACUAUAUUCGCGCAUGCUUCAAAACAUAUUGCUGGGAAAAUGUUAUGUUAUUAUUAUGCGUUCCAUAUACACUAAUGUAUACAUAUAUCAUUGGUUCUUAUUUUAAUUUUGUUGGGGUUCAUUAGUGUUGGUAUAGUAUCGUAGGCUACGUAGCCCUUGCUAUAUUCACGCAUUCCAAUAGAUUAAGUUUACCGACGGAUAUUUGCCAAAGGAUGUACAGCUAUACAUAUAUUUCAUCUGUGUGAACGAAAAUUUCGGCGCUCACAAUAUUUCAACGCUUCCUUAUAUGCGUGUAAAUAACGCAAAUAUUAGUCAUCCAACGCAUUUUGAACAAAUAUGUUAUCAUUUAAGCAGGUCCUUAACGUAAUCUUACACUAUAGUCGGUGCCUUGCUACGCGCGUAUUAAGCUGGAUCGCAUAUUUGGCACUGGUCAUGUUUGGAUAAGGAUUUCUAACAAAAUUUAUUAAGUAUAUGCGUCGACUUUAAACAGGCGCACAAGUUAAAAUAUUAAUCGAUGAUUUGGUUGGCUAGAUUGGCUAGUUUAAAUAUGCUGAUAAUUCUGUACAAACUGCAGAGAUCAUAUCGCAGAUGUGAAGAGCUGUGCGCGCCCUGAUGUUUGGUUUUAUAAUGUCUAUUAGGAUUCAUGAUUAUUCAUUAUUAUCAUAUAAAGUAUACACGUAGCAUUUUGUUAUACCAAACUACCUUACUAUAAGAUGUCACUGGAGUUUCACAAAAUCGGCAUAACAUUGUACAAAAGUACCAUUCAUUGCCCGAUAUUUGAUAAAACAUUUUAUUUCUUCGUAUAUAUUCUAAUAUAAAUGCAAAAUCGACAUCUAAAUGGUCAUUUUUACGAUCAUACAAAUUUUAUAUGGUUUUGAAUAUACUCUGAAGUCUGGAAGGUCAAUGUUCGAGACUUUUCAAGUAUGCCAACAUAAACAAUAUUCCCGGGUUAUACCUUGUCCAAAAAUUACCUGCAUAUAUGUACUAUCAUUUUAUCAUUGGCAUGCUUCAGCAUUGAAAAUUCACCGAACAGUAUACGUAAACAUUUUUUUGCGCGCAAAUUUACCGCAUUCCUGUAAUGAUAGUGAACUAUUGAUAUUCGGUUUACCAACCCUUCGAUACUUUCCGCAAUACAGGAAAACCACGGCAUAUAUAGUGAUGGUGUAUACCCAUUAUUCUGACUCAGUUUGGUAGCUACCACAUUGUGGUCUGUGGAACGUAGAUCACACCAAACUAUUCACUCUAUCGCAAAUAUUUUGAUACACUCUACGAUAAGGAUUAAUAAUGCGCCGUUGUUUGUGUGAAAACCUAAUCGAAAGUCACAAUAAAAAGUCAAUUAUCUCCUUGUUAUAAGUUCCUGUGUGAUAUAUUCCGCUUUCCUGGCCUUUUUUCAAACGGAUUUGCGUAGCGAGUUCUGCACGUAACUAGACACAUAACCAUCUCUGUUUACCAUAUGUCAACAAUUCGGUCGAGGUUUAAGGGAUAUUUUCAGUGAAAUCCCCCAAAUUGAUAUAAGAACAGACCGUGGCUCAGAGUGCAUUAAAAUGCGGAGCAGUUCGUUAUUGGUGCAAUAUUAUGAUUAUAAUCUUGAAUCUGUUCGUUUGCCACAUAUUAUAAUUAUGAUUUUGAAUCAGUUCGUUUGUUACAAUAUUAUGAUUAAUUUUGCAUCUGUCGCGCAAAGAAGAGAUUCCAGUUUGACUCUGUCUCUGAUAAGCACUGCAGGCUUCGUUGGGAUAUUUUGGUUUCCUCCUGUAGUAAACGUAAUACUGUUGGAGUGUAGCUAUUAUAAGAUAGCUUUGGGGCGCUUUAGUGGACCUCUUGCGAGGCUGGACAGUUUAAGAUGAUAGACCUAUCCAUUAAUCAUUAUUUAAUGGAGUUAAGUUAAAACUAAGUUUUAAGGAGUCCUCUGGUAAGGGCCUAUAUUAUACAGUUUGCAUGUAUAAUGCUUAAGCAAUAAGGAAUGUCUUUUACUGGGCAUUCAGAACUGACAAAGCUAUUCAGUUUUGAUCACCAAUCGCAACCAAUCGAGAUUACUAUAGAGACGAGGUCUUUUGAAAUGCUACUCUUUGAGUCCAACUCUGAAAGCAUUCUUUUAAAAACUGUCAAUUAUAAGAUUUAUGAGAGAAACCAUCUUUGCAAGAGAUGCAAACAGAUUGUGUGUAUAGCCUGUGAUUGUUUUGAAGCGAGGCAGUGGCGUGUAUAUAUCAUUAACUUUAAUUAAAAAUGACCUCUUUCGCAUGACCAGAACUCGCGCUGACAUGCUAAAGUCAUAAAAUCAUAUAAUAACUUUAUCAUCAGUGUUGCAAAUUAAUUUGUAGAUUGCAACUUUUAAUGAACUAUUUCGCCUAAAUGCGUCAACAUUUCCCUUGAAACUGUCUGUUUACGUAUCAAACAGGAAACUUUAGAUAAAAGCUUUGUCUUUUUUUCAAAACAUGAAGCAAUUUGUUGCCCAAGUCGCUGCUGGACAAGCGUUUGCCAUCAAGCGAACUCCAUGGGGUUCUGGUUGCUCUAUUUUGGUUUAAUGAACGUUUUCAUUUUUUUAUUGUUUAAUUUUAACAACUUUUAUGCAAAUUGCCAAUGUAUUUAUAUUUAAAUGAAGCUUGCAUGUACAAUUGUGGUUGCUGUCCAAAAUGUGCGCACAGUACAACUGUUUAGCUUAUAUGAUAGCAUCAGGGGUAGUAAUCUUUUCUAAUAAAAAAUCAUGAGCUGGUUUUGUUAUUCUUAAUCUCUUGUAUUCAGAUUGCAAUGUAUUUUAUUCAAAUCCGACUCUGUGAGCAAUUUUGGUCGCCAUCCAAUAAUUAUUUGUUGCCUUAACUGUUUCAUGUUAGCAAUAUCUUUAUUUCAAGAUAAGUAUUGCGUUUUGUACUAAAAGAUUAAUUCCAUUUUGAAUAUUUGCAAUUAGUUCGCAUGCGAUAAUGUGAACUUAAAACGGUAACUAAUGAUUGUUAGAUAGACAGAUGUCUGAUUAUUUAUUUUCUGCCCCAAUAAUUUUGAAUACAACAAAGCACACAUGAAAAGCUUUAACAAUUUAAGUGGUGCCAACAAUUCUAUAAAUACUAUUUAUUUAUUUUUCUCGAAGAAAUGGUUUUUGGGUCCCCGUUAAAAUCUACAUAAGAUGUUUAGACUAUAGAAAUUGGUCUGCCAAAGUCUGUCCGAUUCUAUUAACUAUGCAAACCCAUGUCAAGCCUGUCCAACAGGCAGUAUAAAUGAAGUUCGGUAAUGCAUGGUUUAUUUUACGUCGUCAUUUUAGGAAUUAAGCUUUGCGCUAUUUUAUAGUUAUUUUAAUUCAGUUUGGUCUGGUUUGAAACUUUUAGUUAUUUUUUUGCGUUCAUUAAGUUCGUCUAGUUUAGAUUUCCUUCUGAACAAAUAUUCAGUAAGGUUCGGCCAUUUCUACAUUGCAAGAUAAACUAAGAUAUCCAGUAUAAAGUGACUUUAGUUCAGGUUUCCACGCAGAGGACCAGUAAUGGAUGACUCUUACUGGAACUCUAAGGAGAACAAUUUAGAACUGGUUUAGCUAUCCAGUACUACAUUAUUAUUAUUAUUAUCAACUUUAUUUAUGGAGGGUGGACACAUAGGGUCAUAGGCCAUAGCAGUAAAAACUGACAAACCUGCAGUCUGUGGCCCUCCGAGAAUAGAAGUCACAAUACAUUAAGUAACUACUUUCAACUACUAUAAACUACUAACUUAUACAAUUAUAUAAUCAAUAUUAAAAUUAUCAAUAUCCGUAAACUGAAAUAAGCAUUAUUUAUUGUAUGUCUCGACUGUCCGAAUUUUUGGUAGGAUAAAGUUUAGACCUCGCUUUCUGUGUGCUCCGUACUGUAGCCUCGACUGUGGCUCUCUUACUUAGAGAGAAACGCCCGUAUUCUAAAAGCUCACUCACACUCAAUGAGUGGAGGUUCAAUCUGAGCUUCUCUUGCCAGUGUCAAUGCUGUUUUUGAAUAGCUGGACGGUGAGUAGUCACAUAGACAUAGUAAGGUAUGACACCAGCCCUCCAGCUAUUUAAAAACAGCAAUGACACCAUUGAGUAUUUGAGUGUGAGUGAGCUUUUAGAAUACGGGCGUAUAAUAGUUUGUGUAAACUAUGAGUUGUGACUUGUUCGGUCUUCUGCUCAUACCAACGUAUCUGGGUUCCUGUGGCCCGCCCAUGCAUGAGGUUUAAAUGAUCUAUAUAUUAAGUACAUUGUUUCAGUUGCCUUGGCGGCAACGCGGCAGGCUUGCGCUUCCUAUUAAUACAUCUCUUGCAAGUAAUAAACUAGUGACUGCGAGAAACACAAUAACUAAACCAACAAACGCUAACUAAUACCUACAACUCCGUCCAAAGUUUGCCGUGGGUGGAACAAAAGCGAUAUAAAUCCACCUCACACCCAGGCGCGAUACUUAAUUGCCGGCUAUUCAUGAUCUUGCUGCACAACGGCGCGCAAUGACAAAAGUGGUACCGCUAGGUCUUCCAGCAAAGAAAUUAUGUGAACUGAGAAUUCUCAACAGUCGAACCGGCAUUAAACUAACUAUAUUUGUACUGGAUAUCUAAACACAGUUCGAAACUGUUUUCCCUAGCUAGAGGUCCAGUAUAAGAGUCAUCCAUUACUGGUCCACUGUGAGGAAACCUAAACUCUAAAGUUCUAAACUCAUUUAUCUAUCCAAUCAUUCCAGUCCAGAAUCCAGAGUAGAUUACUCCAGUCUUUAGUAUACUAAGUGCAAGCCCCAAACCAUAACUAUAUUAGGGUCUGAAUAUAUAAUGUUCCGGAUAAUCCCAAUUUAGCCUUAUAUUGAUGUACUGUAUGCACUAUUUGCGAUCUAUAUAAGUAUAUGUCUGAGAGAGACUACAGUUUAGUCAUGUUUUGGUAUUCAAUUUCGUCUUACUUUUAUUUCGUCCUGCAAAUAAUGUUGUCUUCCUCUUAUGUAAAUGGCCUAAGUCCCCAAAAUAUUAUGGUUAAAUUCACCCUCGCUAUCUUUUAUAACUAUCGCUCACUGAUCCCAAACGAAGGAUAUAGAGCUUACUUUUGAAGCCAGGAUAUUUAUGAGUGGGUGAAAUUCUUUACAAAUGGAAUGGUUAUGUGAUUAACUUAGCUUCACUAUGAAGCAAAUGUCUUUUUCUGUAUUACUUAAAACAUUUGGCUUCCCAAAUCUCUUCUAACGAGUUUUAGAACGCUUUAAUUAAACACUAUAGAUGCCGGGCCAUAUUCAUUAGUUUUAAGAAGAGUGGCCACUGAUGAUCAAUUAUUAUCUCGACAAUAUCUUUCAUUUCUCAACAAUAAACAGAAACUGACAGAACCUCAUCUAAGUUUCAGCAAGAACAAAGUAUAUUUGUGGUUGACAUUGCAAUAUGGCCGCCUUUGGCGUUGGACGGUGAACUUCUUGCGAGCUUGGACAUAUCGCCAAUUUCAUCCAUUAACGUUUUGUAGGUGUCAUAUGACUUUUAAUAAAAUGGUUCUUUUCCGUUACUUCCUUCACAAGCUGUAGUUUUGCCAGCAAUAUUCAAAAAAUAGGCAUAACAUUGCUUCCUGGCACUUCUUAUUUCCGAGUGGCAAUUGAAAGGGCGCCUCAGUAAGAGCCUGCUAGGCCAUGGACAUCACUGUUACAUUGUUUGUAUGAAGGAGGGGAGGGGUAGAUCAAUUGACUUUAUUAGUACUGGUUACUGAUCUGAAUAUGUGACUGGAUAGAGUAUACUUUUGAAUUCAAUCAACCAAGUUUGAAGCCAGAAUAUUUUAUAUAAUAGAUGAGAUUUUAAAGUAUGUCAAAACAUCUGAUUUUAAAGUAUGUCAAAACAUCUGCAAGUCUGAUCGUGGCGUGUUAAAAUGAGCUAUAUUAUCAAGCAGAUGUCUGUUCCUGCUGUAUGUAACUUGAAAGAUAUGGCUUCCCAUAUCUCUUCUAAUGAGUUGUAGAACAAUAUGCCAGGCCAGGGUGGGAAAGAUAUAGCUUCCAAUAUCUCUUCUAAUGAGUUGUAGAACUCAUUAGAAGUUUCUAAUGAGUUGUAGAACAAUAUGCCAGGCCAUGGUGGGAAAGAUAUAGCUUCCCAUAUCUCUUCUAAUGAGUUGUAGAACAGUAUGCCAGGUCAUUUUCAAGCUUGCCCGGUGUGGAUAUACAUGCACACUCAGAGUAACAUCACAAACAUCAUAUUCACCUGAGUACACAACAUCAACACAGAAAAAAUUAGAGUUGUAGAACGUUUUAAACACUAGAUAAUGAGACUUGUGGCAGCCAAUUUGGUGCGACCUCAUUAGUUAUUCACGGGCGAAUUUAAGGGGAAGAGAGGCCGCUGUUGAAAAUUUCUAUUCGGACAAUGUUUAUCCUUUCCUUCCGACAACCAGAAACUUUAAAAGAACCUCCUCCAUCACUUCUAACGACGAUCAAAUAAAGAUAAACAUGACUGUGGAAAUAAAACUCUGAAAAUUUAUCUUAUUUGGCUUCCAACCGCAGUCAGGCAAUUUAUCCAACUUCCCCUCUGUUGAACCACAAAAGUAAGAACAAAUAAUGGAAUACACACUUUUAAAUAUACAGUAUUGCUUCAAAAAUAUGGGAAAACAUACCUGUAAACAUAAAAAUCAAUUGGUAUAUUUAAAUAAUAUUUCUCUUGUCUGAACAAAUUUAGAAAAGUGAUCAAUUAAUAUAGUUUGUAUAUAGUCUUGGUUAGAUAUUAAGUAUUGUAAUGUGUGUUAUUUAGAGACAUAAUUUGUCUCUUUUGGCUUAUCUCAUUCAGUUAAUGUCAUGAAAUAGUAGACAGUGGUCAACUAGAAAGCUAUGCUCAGUUUGACCACUGUGCACUACCACUAUAUUGAUUUUACCAUCCUUUUUCUUUUCGUUCUAUUUUUUAUUCCAAAACUGCUUUGUAAUUAAUCUAACGAAAUAGUGCAAAGAUCAAUGUCUGGAAUAUGGCGUUGCAAUAUUUUGCCAUUAACUUUUACUUUAUGUUAAUUUCAGAUUUCGCAAACUUAGAGAAUCGUACGGUACGAACGAAACGAAGGAGUACUUCAUGAAAGUUUUACCACAAAACAAAUUGAGAAUUGUUUGUCCGAGCUCUAUAACAAUAAAUGACUGGAUUGGUCGAUAUAACCGCGACAGAUACCAAAAUUUUUGGCUGGUGGAUAAAAAUGGUUAUGAUAACUGUAAAGUGAACGACGAUACGAAUCCAAGCAUGAAUAAGUUGAUAAUGACGUGCAAUUCACCGAAGAACGUUAUCAUAAAAACAUUUCAGUUUCACCCAAGGUUUAGCCAACAAGAACCGCGGUUUGUUCCUGGACGCCAUUAUUAUUUUAUCGGUAAGACAGGAAAACCAACAGGGAUAGAAUGGAAUAUAAUGAAAUAGAAUUAAUUAUUUACAUGAAAAAAUUACUCAAUGCUGAUUGAAAAAAAAAUACUCAAUGUUGUUGUUUUACAAAAACCUGAAUACAAAGGUGACAUUUAUAAUUAAAUAGAUAACAUAGAUAAAUAGAAUGAAGAUUGGAAGGAAUAAAAGUGCUACCUUUGUUGAGGCUGAUUUGCUAAAAGCUCUGUUUUUUUCUCCUACAGCGACGGGUGGUGGAGAUGCAAAGACACUUCAAGAUAAGUCUGGAGGUCAUUGCACGAAGUAUCAUAUGAAACUUCAUAUCUAUGUUUGUAACCCUAAGAAAGGUUAGAAAUUUUGCAAUGAUACAGUAGUUAAUAUGUGGUGGGAAAUGGCACAGGAAAUGUUGAGUGAAGUAUGUAUGUUGAUGGUGGUGGUGAUGAUGGUGAUGAUGGUAAUGAUGAUGAUGAUUGCAGUGAUAAUAAUUGUGGUGAUGCCGUGAUGAUGGUGGUGGUGAUGGUGGUGAUGGUGAUGAUGAUGAUCGUAAGGUCAUUCCUAAAGGAAAUAGACCAAAGAAUUUUUUUCAAGAUGGCUAUUUUUCAAGAUCGUUAUAACACGAAAGAAUCAACAACCAGACACUUAUAACAAUCCUAAACCUUACCAUAAACUUAACCCCAAUCCUAAUCUUAACAUUAACCCCUAAACUAAAGCGAACUCUGAGAAACCUUCGUCUCGUUCACCUUUUCAACAUUAACGUGAUGGUAAUGAUGAUGAUUGUGGUGAUGUAGGUUGUUGUGAUUGUGGUGAUGAUGGUGAUCAUAAUUAAUGGUGAUUGUGACGAUGAUGAUUAUAAUGAUGGUGGUGGUGGUGGUGGUGGUAGUAUUGAUGAUAAUGAUGAUGAUGUUUGUGAAGCUCUUGCUAAACGUGCCAUUGGUGAUGAUAUGGCAAUGAUGAUGGUGAUGUUGACGUUGAUGGUGAUGGUGAUGGUGAUCAGUGUUUCUGUCGAUAUUGAUGUUGUUAUUAUUGGUUUUGCUUUUGUUAUAAAUGUUUGGUUGGGAACAACCAUAUUCACAAAGCAGUCAUUAACACCAUGCAAAUAUAUUAAGAAAUUAUACAUUAUUCCAAACAGAGACCUGUAUAUGGGAACAACCAUACUGUGAACCAACGUAUGAAUUUGAAAGAGUUAUGACAUCAUAUAGUCGCAGUUUACCACCACCAACGAGAGGUGUAGUCACCCUUGCCCCUCUUCCUCCGACUCUGCCUCCUUCUCCGAGCAUCAAUAAGCAAGCCAUGACCUUCCGCCCAACAAAUGUCAUCGCAACUGAGCCAAAAAAUGGCAUAGCUGAAGAACAGAGGGAUCGAGAAUGUCAAAAUGAAGAUGAUGGAGGUAAACAGGUUAUUUUUUGUGUGUGUUUUGAUGUUGGUAAACAGGUUAUUUUGAUGCCAUUUCGAUGCAUGUAUCUGUGAUGGUGAUUCUCAGAAAUAUCCUGCGUGGGACUAUUUUUAUGCUGCACACCUGUACAAACGCACGAGUUGUUAGUUAAAUAAAAUUCGUUGCUGCAACUAAAUUGUUAAGUUACAUUGCACCCUAUUUUGUUAUUUCACUGUGUCUAACGCCAGGAUACUGUUUAAAACUAAUUUAAUUUGAAUUAGAAAAGAGUGGAUAGACAGACGUAAGGAUUGAACACAUAUUUUAUAUGGAAACAUGUAUUUUUAGUUAUUAGCUAAAUCCUCGACCCCACCAGCUCUGCUGAUUAAUUUAUCCGAUAAAUAAAGAGAUUGGUCGAUUUUUGCUAAGCAUUAUUUCUUUACUUUUAGCUUCAGUGCACAUGAUCCUCAAUUUUGUUCUGGGCGGAGUAAUUCUGUUUAUGGCAGUCGUGAUCGUCAUUUUGUCUUGUGGAUUAGCGUAAGUUUUUCAUUUAUUAAACUUUUAUUUUGCAACAGUGGCGGACACUGCAUGCAAUAAUUUUGUAAAAGUCUGGUACCAAAUAUCACAAGCAUUGUUUAGAAGCAAGUGGCAAGCAUGCAAUCACACCCAUAUAACGUAAUUGUCAUAUUAAAUAAUGACUAUUAAAUAAAACUUAAGCUAAAGUUAGCAAUAUAGCAAGCAAUAUAUGAUUCUGUACAAUGCAUGCCAAUUAUGCCACAACAUACGCGUUUUAUACAAUCUGUGCAUGAUUCCUCACAGGUGUACUUAUAAAAUAUUUUAACAAUCCCGAGUUGAUAGUUCUAACUCUACAGUAUAUUAAACAACAUAACGAUUAGCGAAUCGACAUGAUUAGUUGUUCUGUUUGACAAUGGUUACAUGCUAUUUGGUUAGCAUGUGUCGGACCAGUUACAACGUAUGUCGGAUUGGUACAACAUAUGAGUAUGAGAGUCGAUGAGAGUUGGCAGUCACUUAUUGUUACGGGGACCUCUCAAGCUCUAGAUUAACAAAAUAAGGAUUGAUGAGUGUUCCAACUUAAAUAGAAUACAUGAUAGUCUUUAAGAGCAGCUAACCAUGCAAGGUCGCGUGACUGCCAACUCUCAUGCACUCUUAUCCUCGUUUGAUCCUGGGUUUAGUCUUAAUAUCAAUCCGUUAUCAUUCACUUUUAGUCGAAAAUCAGAACCAGCCAGGCCGGCUUCUGGGGCAUUCUCAGCCGUAUCCACCCAAGAACCUAACGGCAACCUGUACCAAGAAAGUGCCAGAUAUAUUCAACCAUUGUAUACUCCGGCAAAAUCACCUCCACAAACGCCGAUUAGCCUCAACCCACCAUUCUACCUCGCACCAAUGGCAGAAAUUCGACCGAGGUCAUCGUCCAAUAGAAAUGCAUUUAAUAAUGCUGUCUAUGGCAGAAGGCAGGACAGUGUCGAUGCACAAGCGGGACAGAUCGAAGUGUCACCGAUGUUGUCCGACAAUUAUCCGAAUACGCCCGAACCAGUAUAGGAUGAUAGAGGUAUAGCAUAUACCUUAAUUCAAGAGCAAUAGGUAGCUUCUAUCAUACCUCCCAGCCAAAGAUGGUGGCCUAUAUAUAUACUGCAUAGUGCCUCGGCUUUGCAUAAAUGAAGCCAUUGACGACCAUUUUGGUGUGACCACCCCAAAUCCAUUGUGGUAUUUAUUGUUGACACUUUAGAAGAGGUUUCUGCAGUUUCUGAAGAGGUUACAGCUCCUGCCUAUUGCUGGAAAGGACGAGUAUUGUCUAGCUAGAAAUUGAUCAUCUCUGCUUCUUCUUGAAUUUUCUAGCCAAUAUUUAAUGCGUUCAGACCAACAUGGCUGCAGGCUGUCUCAAGUCUCAUCAGUAAUGUUUUUAAUACAUUCGUACAAAACUACCCAGGCAGGACAAGUCGAAGAAAAAUUUUAUAUUUUCAGAUAAACAUCCAAAUGCAGCUCGAUGUCUUAAUUCAAGAGCGAAAGGCUAAUUCGUGGGAUCAAAUAUAAAUUAUCGACAACUAUAUAUAUAAUGUAAUAUAGGUAUAAUAGAACACAUAUAUAUAAUCUACAAUGAUCACACCACAGUAUGCUUUAGGAAAAAUGAAACCAUUAGUUUCCGGAGAAACACUGUAUAUAAUGUUUAGAGCUUGUUGACACAGUCAGAUUUAUCGGGUUGAUUUCAGAUUUGUAUUAAUGAUAUUUCAAAAUUGCAACGGGUGAUAAAUUUUGGUGACGUUUUCAUAUAGGUGGACAGUCAAUUCACUGCAUGGUUAAACCAACAUUCGUUCAUGAGAUUCAUUUUCAGUCUGAGAUAACCAAUUUAUUGGUUGUUUUAAAGUGCCUAUGACACGAAAUUUCACCCCAAAGGUUUAUGGUUGCAUUGUAAAGGUCACUUAAAAUAACUUAAUAAUUUCUUUUAUAGAAUUUUGGUAACUUGCUCCCUUUUCAAGAUAUUCAACUUUGUUUCAUAUGCAAAUAUCACCGGUGUGACAUCACAUCACAUCACAUAAUGAGUUUUUUCGAAUUUUCACGAUCGGAAACGUUUUUUAGAUGAAUGAAAUCCAUGUUUGAAACCGAUGAGGCUAGUUUAGAAUGCGCUGUAGUUGCUACAGCGUAGUUGCUACAGCGCAUUCUAAACUAGCCUCAUCGGUUUCAAACAUGGAUUUCAUUCACAUAAUGAGUUUUCAGAAAAGUAUAGUUUUCUUGACGAAUACGUAUCUAAAAACUUAAAAAUUGCCCUUGUGUAUGUAUUAAUUUCAUAACUGGUAAUUAACCCUCUGUAUUUGUUUGUAAAAAUAUUUUAUCCAGGUAAAAUAUCGCGUUUUCAAAAUGUUGUUAUACGAUGUAAUGUCACACCGGUGAUAUUUGCAUAUGAAACAAAGUUGAAUAUCUUGCAAAGGAAACAAGUUAUACCAAAAUUCUAUAAAAGAAAUUAUUAAGUCAUUUUAAGUGAUCUUUACAAUGCAAUCAUAAACAUUUGGGGUGAAAUUUCGUGUCAUAGGCACUUUAACUAGUCUUUUUUUACAGUGUUCUUUAUUAGUCAAAUCUCCCGACAAAUCCUAAUGUGUGCAGCCUCAAUAUGUGAUUCAUUCUGUAUAAAUUUUGUCGUCUCGUUAAAAACGAGAAAAAUUUUUAUUCUAUGUUUGUAAAUAAUCAAGAAUUUUUUAAACGACGUUUGCUUUUUAAUUCGCAUUGCACUGUACUGGGUGUCAAGAAGUUUCGGUGCUUUGACAGUUUGAUCAUAUUUAAUAAAACAUAUACU